GGAAGCGAGGAGAUGAUUGGUUGGCGAACAGGUUGCCUAGGGGACGGUUCUGAAAGAAGGCGCGAAAAAGGGCCCGAGAGACGGUUAGAGGAAGAUAGAGAGCGCGCGCGCGUGACGACUGACUGAGGGGACAUUUGCGUGAGGGAAGAGAGCGAAACGGGGUUUGGCGUUUGUCUUGAGGUAUCAAAUGGUUGUUUUUUUUUUGCGGGGGGUGGGCAGCGGCGGCGAGAGAAGGCUAACAGCGUUCGGGUAGCCGGCGGGGGAAGUUCCUUUCGGGCCGCAGUUAGUCAACGUGGCUUGAAAAAGAGAGUUAUCUGACCGGACGAGAGACGGGGAAAGCUUGUGAAAUGGGAAGGGCGAGUUGCGGGUGUUACGUGUGUCUUGAAGACUCGGAAUUUCGCCCAGUUUUUAAGAGAAGGUCCGGGGCACAGCGGUGUUUUCCUAAAUUAAAACCAGGGACUCGCUUCAUGAGGCAGCGUCGGUCAAACGGCGGCUAUUUUAUUUAUUUUAAAACGUGUUUCUUUUUUGGGUGGGUUGUUGUUUUUUAUUUUGAUUAUUUUGUGUUUGUAUAUUCUGAUUUUGUUCUGUGAAUCGCCCUGAGACCUUCGGGUAUAGGGCGGUAUAUAAACUGAAUAAAUAAAUUAAUAAAUAAUAGAUUUAUAUUUAUAACUUUGGUUAGUCGCUUUAUCUCGCCCGGGGCAACAAAACAAACCAACAUUAAAGCCCAGGGGUUGGGGGGGGGGAAAGAAGUGUAUUAACCAUAGAAUUGUAGAGUUUGGGAAGGGACCCCCGAGGGUAAUCUAGUGCAACCCCUUGCAGUGCAUUAAAAACAUCCCACCCACUCCUAAAAGGCCACGGAGAGUUAAAGGUUAAAAGGGAAAGUCUUUGCCUGGUGCCUAAAGCUAAAUGAAGGCGACAGGUAAGCAAUAGAUUCCCGAAUCAGUGGGUGAUCUCUUCUGUUUAUGGUGGGUGGCCAAGUUUUUCUCUCUCCAGUUUUCUCCACUAGGUGAGACAGGGUGGGGUCUGGGGCGCAUAGUUUCUUCCGGCCAGCAUUCAUGCCUUUGCCACCACCCUGCAACUGGUUAUGUGUAUUUGUGGCCUUCCUCAGGCUUUCCUGCUGCGUCCUUAAAGGUAAAGGGACCCCUGACCAUCAUGGGUAGGCAAACUAAGGCCUGGGGGCCGGAUCCGGCCCAAUCGCCUUCUAAAUCCAGCCCGCGGACAGUCCGGGAAUCAGCGUGUUUUUACAUGAGUAGAAUGUGUCCUUUUAUUUAAAACGCAUCUCAGUUAUUUGUGGGGCCUGCCUGGUGUUUUUACAUGAGUAGAAUGUGUCCUUUUAUUUAAAAUGCAUCUCUGGGUUAUUUGUGGAGCACAGGAAUUCGUUCAUUUUCCCCCUUCAAAAUAUAGUCUGGCCCCCCACAAGGUCUGAGGGACGUGGACCGGCCCCCUGCUGAAAAGGUUUGCUGACCCCUGCUUAAAAUGAUGCCAUUGCCCCACCCCUUCAUCCAUUUAUAAGAGAAAGGGGUGGGAGUUAUAAGGAAAGAGUAGCCUGUAGUGCAACACACUUCUAUUGAAGAUGAAUAUUUCAGUGCUACAUGGUUUCUACUAUAUAGGAACACAUUUAUACGUUUAUUAUCAUUCAUUUAAUCAGGAUGUUAAAAGCUGUUAGUAACAUUCAGGGUUUGUUGAUAGCAACAAUAAUCCUUCUGUGAGAAAAAGUGUCCAGUGAUCCUAUCUACAUAGCAAGUAAUUAUGCUGUGAGUAAAACAUGCAUAUGAUCAGGUUGUAAGGUUUCAGUUGUCUGUCUACUUAGCUGAGAGUAACUUUUGAAAAAGUAGUCACUGGGUUGAACUGAAAUGUUAUUGGAUUUGCAGAAUAAAAGUCAUUCUUACUGGUUCAUCUGCACACUUACAGUGGAUGUAAAAGUCCUCUGAACUCAAUAGGCCUUAUUUCCCAGUCUGGGCUACCCAUUUAAUAGAAUCUUAGGUCUGAAACUGUAGUUUAGGCCUAGAAUACUAGACUAUUUUAACAUGAAGCCUUUUAAUUUUUGAAGGUGUAGAAGACAUUAUGGAUUCCUCCAUUCCAAGCAUUGCGGAGGUUCGUGGCAUAUUGCUGGCUAUGCAGAAGAACUUGGAAUGCCCAAUAUGGUAUGGAAAAAAAAUUAGUGUCCCCUUGGUUUCUGAUUCAAAAUACAAUAUCUAAAGACUAUCAUUAGAGCUACUGUUCUUUGAACGUGGGUGUCACAGGGAACUAUGGUUAGUUUAACAUCUAAAGCAGAAGCUUUCGAUCAUGUGAAAGAGGACUGGGAAAAUGAGAGAAUGUGAACUUCAUGAUUUCCUGUUAGGUUUCAACUGAGCCUGUAUCUUUCAGAUUCUUUUUUCUCAAUUACUCUUUAUUAGUUUUAUAUAUGACAUCCAAACAACACAAAAAACACAGUAAGCCUUCUGCCAGUUGCAAAUGAGUAAGAAGCAGGGAAGGAACAUCUCCGUUGCCCAAUCAAGCUUUUUAUCUGAAAGUUUUUAGUAUGUGUGAAGUGCUUUUUCAUAGAAUGCUCCUGCCAGCUUGCUGUAUUUGUGCCACAUUGUUCAAAAUUGACCUUAUAUGAAUGUGUUCCUCCUUUGGCUUAUUUCAGUCUCUGACCUCCUGUGUCUCCUUAUGGCACAUUUGCAAUAUUGGUUUGAACCAGCUGAAUUGUCAUAGGAGUCCUCUGAGGAUUACUGUAAAUAUCACUGAAGAUGCUAGGAAUUUUUUUAUUGGAGAUCUCUAAUUGCUUUAAAGAAUUACUAGGAUUCCUUGCAUGGGAAUUUGCAGCAGUUAAAUAAGCUUGAAAAUCAUUUAGGAUUCUAGUAUAGAUGUGCCAUAGCAGGCUUUGGUCAGGUAGAAUAUAAAGCUAUGGUUAAAUACUAUAUGCAUUCAUAGUGAUGUACAUAGCUAAGAGUUGGGUUUGCUAUUUUUGCAUUGUAGAAUGGUGUCUGGGUCUUUGGUGAUUUCCUCCCCCCCCCCAUUGCUUUGAGUUUGAGGGGGUCAGCUUGCAUGAUGCUUGAGUCCCUUGCAAUUGCUAGGGGCCUGGACCCAGCAAGGGUUAAAAUCUAAUGGGGGAUUUGAUUGUUGAAGUAGCCAGACCAGCUUCUUGGUGAGUGAAUGGGCCUAAGCAUGGUUGUUUGUGUAACAAAGGAAGUGGCUUUGUAUCAGAGGACAAAUGAGUGAGCCCUCUCCUUUACCUGGCUGGUGAUGAGAGGGACAAUUGCCAGAGUGGUGUAUUAUAGAACUGGGCUAGAAGCAUACAGCAGCUAGAGAGUGUCAUGCAUGAUUUCUACUUGAGUCCAAGGUUGUGACAGGGAGAAGCAAUAGCUCUUGGAGUGUUAAUGCUGUGAGCCCCUCAACCUUGGGCUCAGGUCACACGUGUGUGUAAAUAAACCAUAUAUCACAAAGACACUACAGUCUCCACCACCCCUCAUUCCAAGAAAACUAAAUCCUGGGUGAGCAGCUGGAAACCCUGGCAUCUCACACUGCUGGGAGAACGGGGUGACAUGCAACACUAUGCUGGUGCUAAAUACUUGUUGUCAUGGCAGCAAACACUUGGGGGCACCAAAAUCAAGGACAUAAGUGUUACACUAGAAAAUGCAGUCCUAGCAUCAGACCACUCUAAUAUGCUUCAUGCUUGUUUUAUUAUGUGUAUUGUAUUCUCAUGGGAUCUUUGAAUGAAGAUCAUUUUGUUCCAGAAUGUUUUAUAAAACCAAGCAGAUACGUGUCAUCCUGACAAUACAGAAGUACUGUUUUGGGGGGACGGGGGAGAGCGGGUGUGGAGGAUUCCCUGGUCCUGAAUAGGGCAACUGUGUCCCUGAAGGACCAGGGGCGCAGCCUGGGAGUCUUUUUGGACUCACAGCUGUCCAUGGAGGCACAGGCCAAUUCUGUGUCCAGGGCAGCUGUCUACCAGCUCUAUCUGUUAUGCAAGCUGAGACCUUACCUGCCCGUGGACUGUCUUGCCAGAGUGCUGCAUGCUCUAGUUAUCUCCCGCUUGGACUACUGCAAUGCACUCUACGUGGGGCUACAUUUGAAGGUGAGCCGGAAACUGCAGCUAAUCCAGAAUGCGGCAGCUAGACUGGUGACUGGGAGCGGCCACAGAGACCAUAUAACACUGGUCCUGAAAGACUACAUUGGCUCCCAGUACAUUUCUGAGCACAAUUCAAAGUGUUGGUGCUGACCUUUAAAGCCCUAAACAGCCUCGGCCCAGUGUACCUGAAGGAGCAUCUCCACCCCCAUCAUUCAGCCUAGACACUGAGGUCCAGCUCCGAGGGCCUUCUGGCAGUUUCCUCCCUGAGAGAAGUGAGGUUACAGGGAACCAGGCAGAGGGCCUUCUUGGUAGUGGCGACCACCCUGUGGAAUGCCCUCCCAUCAGAUGUCAAGGAAAUAAACAACUACCUGACUUUUAGAAGACAUCUGAAGGCAGCCCUGUUUAGGGAGGUUUUUAAUGUUUGAUGUUUUAUUGUGCUUUUAAUUCUGUUGGGAGCCACCCAGAGUGGCUGGGGAAACCCAGCCAGAUGGGUGGGGUAUAAAUAAUAAAUUAUUAUUAUUACUGUAUAUUAUUUUGAUGAUUUUGAGAAUCACCGCAGCUUGUCAAAGAUGUUCAAUUAAGCUCAGUUCAGAUGUUGUGGAGAAACCAUAGACUGAGCAUCAGACUGAGGUGUGGUAAACCCGGUCACUUCCUGAUUUGCAAUAACCACAGUUUUCCAUGAUCUUCAAAUCAAGCAGACUGUGGUCACUGAUAACCAGAGUUAUCUCCAAGUCAGAUUUCAAAAACUGGUUUGAAGUGAAUGUGUCAAAUUCUGGUUAUUGCAGUUACAUCACAGUAAAUGCUAGAUAACACAAAACAUGAAAUGGAAGUGGGAAUUAGUGUAUGCAAGGGGAGGAUGGGGCACAUGACUUUAUAGCAUAUUCUUGAUGGCCAAAUUAUGAUUGGGCUGUUAUGUCACAAUUGAGCCAUACCCUUGAUUUUUAUAUCAAAGCAAGAAGACAUUCUGUUAUCCUUUAUCAGACAACUGCAAAAAGAGAUAAUUCAAUACAUUACCAAAAAUACAGCAGUAGUACCAAAUUGGGAAUUUGUAAGUAUGACCUGGAAGUGUGUGGGAUGUGUGUGUUAAGCAUUUUGCUGAAAGAGCAGAUGGUUCCUGAAAUGGAUAUUUAUUACUAAAGCUGGGUUAUUUCAAAAGAGGGAAAAAUCAUCAUGGGCAGUGUUUCCAAUAUUUUUCUUAAGAACCUGAAGUAAUAGUUAAUUCCAAACCAAUUGUGGUGGGGGUUGUCCACAGAUGUAUUACACUUACUAGCUCUCUUAAAAGAAUAACCUUAUGGCACGUUAAAUAUUAACAGAUAUGAGCUUUUGUGGACUUCAGGCCACUUCAUCAGGUCUUUAGUUAGCAGAAAUAUAUAUACAGUGGUGCCUCGCAAGACGAAAUUAAUCCGUUCCACGAGUCUCUUCGUCUUGCGGUUUUUUCGUCUUGCGAAGCACGGCUAUUAGCGGCUUAGCGGCUAUUAACAGCUUAGUGGCUUUAAGAAAAAGGAAACAAACUCGCAAGAACUCGCAAGACGUUUCGUCUUGCGAAGCAAGCCCAUAGGGAAAUUCGUCUUGCGGAACGACUCAAAAAACGGAAAACUCUUUCGUCUUGCGCGUUUUUCGUCUUGCGAGGCAUUCGUCUUGCGAGGUACCACUGUAGUGGUACCUUGUGUUACAUUAAAAACUUCCCUAAACAGGGCUGCCUUCAGAUGUCUUCUAAAUGUCAGGUAGUUGUUUAUCUCUUUGACAUCUAUGCAAAGCUCAAACAUAUAUACAAGUUAAACAGAGUGACUUCAAUAGCAAUAUGUGGCAUAAAACUCAAUCUAAAUUUGCUAUCCUGAUUUCCUCAUGUAGCGGGAGAGAGAACCUUAACUUCAGUUGUGUUCUAAAUGGAUAGAAUCAAACUUGCUGACAGAUGUUCAGAAAUUUCAUGCUGUUUUUUUGUGUUAAAGAACUGACUUUCAAGACAGUAUCAGAGUGGUCUAGGAGAGGGGUUCCUAAUUGGUGGUCUGCAGACCCUACCACAUAGGUAGUGCUAGAAUUGAUGGUCUGCAGACCCUACCACAUAGGUAGUGCUAGAAACUUAAAGAACAAAUCUCAGAGUGAUUUACAACACAUUAAAAUAUCAAAUAAAACAAUCUAGACUAAUCAAAUUCAAGCUUCAAGGAAAAUAUACCAGAUGCUUCUCUAAGUGACAUUUUGCUUUCUCCAGUCACCAACGUGGCAUCCAGGAAUGUACAGUAUUGUUGGCAGGUAAUGGCAUGUUUCAUGAUAGUUUUGUGUUGAUUAGUUUUUGAAUUUAUGAUCUUCUGCCAGUAGACUGUUGCCUGAAGAAAUAUGGGGACAGAAUUGGCAUCUAGAUUUGUUUUAGGGCCUAAUCCCAGGGCUGUAUCACAUGAUAGUUCUACUCGGAGUACAGCCGUUGAAGUUAGUUGGUCUUAGUUGGAUACAAUCCCAUGGUUUAUGUCUCUGUUAAUGAGCAGCUAUAUGAGGUUAGGUGGCUAUCUCUAUGCAAGGACAGCUCUGUCAACUGAGGAUACAAUUCAGGCAUCUGUUAUGUUUUAAGGUGCUGCAAGAUUCUUCUUUUGUGUUUGCAGAGAACCGAUUCCAUGUUAAUAUGAUAGAGCAGUCUGUUCCUAUACAGACAUUGCAUUGAGGAUGCCAUAUUUGAAAUGGGUAGUUUGGGUGCUUUAUUUUUUUACUCUGCUUAAUCAAAUGCAAAAAUAUACUAUGGCUUUACAUUUUACUUUUUAAAACAAAAUAUUAAUAUAGUAAUUUUACAUGUUUGGCUUGUGUAGAAGUAUACAAUUACAAUAAAGAAAAAGUGUUUUUUGGUUUGUAUAUUAUUUUGAUGCCUGUCAUUCUAAAAAAUUAGAAAUAACCAUUGUUCUAAAACCUUGUUUGGUUGUUCAUUAUAAACUUAUCUAAAACACUUCAUUUUAAUCAUAGUUAUACUUGACUAGAUUAUGUCAAAUCAGUCUGCUAUUGAUGAAGAGUUGCUUUUAUUCCAUUUUUUGCAACAAAAUGGCUGUCAACAAAUUCAGCUCAGUUUCUUCUUGACGAGAUUUAGGGUCGUAUAAUAAUGAGUAUCCUGUAAUUUUAUUGAUUGCAAUGUGAAUUAUAUUCCAAAAUGACUAUUUUUGGUCAUUCCCAAAAGAUCUACAUAAAAUCUGAUUUUGAGCCUUUGCAUUUCCAGCAAUUAUUGUGAGUUUUGAAUUGUGUGUACAUAUAUGUAUUUAUGUAGUGCUGGGUAACAUUGAUAUUGGAUAUUAAAAGCAAUUUCUUUAGAAUCCACUGAUAUUAGUUUAGGUGGCAUUUUAGUUCAUAGCCAUCUCUAUUAAUAGCUUUCUGGUUCCUGGCCUAUAUCUCUCCCUCAUUUCCUUAUAAAUGUGCCAGAUUUAUCUUUGAAACCUGGUAUUAUUCUAUAAAAUUUGCCUAUUGGCCCUUUUAUUAUUUGAGGACAUAAAGAGAAUUGCAUUUGUUUUCUAGUUUUGAUUCUUUAUAUAUAUAUUUUUACUAGCCUGGAGGUAAUGAAGGAGCCAGUCUCAACAAACUGUGCCCACAUCUUCUGCAGGUAAGCCCUUUUUUCAGAUUUUGUAUGUAGAAGUUUCAAGAAAUAGUUGUAUGGAAAUUACUAGAACCAUGUUGCUUACAUGGUACCAAUGUAUUUGGCAACAUACUCUCCUCCUAGAAAGGUUACGUCAUUAAACAUGCUUAUCUAAAAGUUGGGUCAAGCCAGAUUCCUUUCACUCUGUGUGGUACUUUAAUCUCUUCCAACAAUAUAAUAAUAAUCCUUACUCCUCUCUGCACCCUAUACAAACCACUUCCUCUCCAAAAAUCAUUUUGGAACAAUCUUAUUGAUUUGUAAGCUUGUUAUAUCUUAAUCUCAGCUACCAUACUGCAAAAAUUCUUAUUGUUAUUUCUGAUUCAUACUACCUAUAAUUCACUGUGAGUCCUUGUUAUGUUUAUGUUGUGCCUGUAAAUUACUGCACAAACUUUGAAUAGUAAUAAUUUUUUUAAAAGGAUGAAGCAAAAAGUCAUAGAAUCAUUUCUACAGUACUUCCUGAGGGAAGGACUUGAGAUAAGCAAAAGCUAAGAAAUUGUGUAAAGGAGGCAACAUUUUACUACACUGGUAAGCAUGGGAAGCUGGUAUAUUGAUUCUUUUCCUUCCUUGGGGUCCAGUUGAGGCAGAGUAUAGAGGAUCACAUGCCUCUGAAACUGUUGUGAGUAAGCAGUUUGUUUUGGCUCAGAUUGGCAAAAGAAAGCAGUGGUGGUAACUGAGCUUGACAGAGGUGUGUGUACAUGGUGGUCAAGCCAACAAGGGCUUAGUAGGGUGCCCCACACUUCAGAUAAAGACCAGUAUUCACACCUAGACUUCCCUUUUCUUUUCUAGUUUCUGCAUGUUUAAGCUCCUUAAACAGAAGAAGGGUGCGGUACGGUGUCCACUUUGCAAUGCCAAAGUCACCAAAAGGUAAAUUCCUCAUGACCAAAUUUAAUUAGAACAGAAUGAAACAACUAUGCAACUAAGCACACUGCAGUGCAGACCCAGGAUAAGUUUCAGCAAUAGGCAGAUAACUAGAGCCUUCUGCAAUGAGAACACACCAGUGGAAGAACUUUUAAUGCCUGAAAAGAGGCACGGCUAUGGUUAUCUCCCCAACCCAUGGCAAUUAAGCUCGAAAACUGCUCCUGUACAUUUUUCAAAUCUAAUUACUGCCGUUGUGAGUGUAUAAAUGCCUUGGCAAAUGAGUUUUGUUAAUGUGGGGGGGGGAGUGUGGAUAAACAGGGUGGCCCUCCCCAUUUUUGCAUUGGCUCCACCCACCAGCUACAUGUGUCUCUUGGGCUGAAAACAGUUCUGCAUCUCUACCUAAAUUUUGAUCAGAACCCUGUUGUUUUUAUCAUGGCUUGCUGUUUUCACGCCAAAGGACUCUUGGAGUAAACGGGUAUGAAACAGCAAGUGCAAUACCUACUGUCUCUUGGGUUAUUAUAAAGUGAGUAAUUCUUUAAUUAGACAAAAGCCUGCAGCAUCUUAGAAAUUCAAGCAUCUACUGCUUGGAAACCUUUCUUAUUACUUAUUCCACUUCCCCAUCCAGUCCCCUGAGCGCUGUCUCAGGUGACUGUAGAUAAAAACGUCUAUUUCAUCUUCUUGACUACAUAUCUUUGUUGUCUUUAUUUUUUUCAGAAGUCUAUGGGAAGAUGUCCGAUUUAAGCAAGUAAUCAAAGUGGUGCUGGAAGCCAUCCGUGCUUUUGAACAUGAUACAGGGCUCAAGUGUAGGUAUUAUGUAUCUCCAUGAACUUCUGAGACUUGCUAGGCUGGGGGAGGGCAAGCUGGGUCAGUUAGAAUUCCGCCCCGCCCCCCGUCUUCUUGUGGUGCAGAACUGCACAACUGAUUUUCUGCAUCCUUAAAUAAAUCCCAAGAUGAUAGUUUUGCCUUAUAAAGUUCUAAAUGAUUUGGUCUAUACUAGUUCAUCUUCUGGCAUCCUAUCUCAACCUCUAAGACAGGUGGGGAAACUGUCUCAACUUGAAUUCCCAUCAGCCCUGCCAGCAAGGCAAAUGGUCAGGGAUGAUGGGAGUUGUAGUCCCAACAAGAUUUAGAGGGCCACUCCCUGCUCUAAGGUGUCAAACAGUACCCUUUGAAAUGCAUAUUUCUUACCUUGGCUUCAUAGAACCAGAUUGAAUACAGGACGCGACCAUUUUAGGUGUGUCCAAUUGACACACAAUUGCUGACACAUGAGUCCUUGUGGACCUGGAAGAAGGCAGAACGGGGGCAGGGUGUACUUAUAUGCUCUCCGCUGACAUGUACAGGGGCCGGGAAUGGAACCCCCAUGUGAAAUGGUUGCUGCUUGUUGUGGGAGAAGACGACAUUAGUCUACAACCUUGGAGCCCUUCCUCUUGAAGUAGAGGAAAGUUUGAGUCUGGGUGCCUUCCAGAGAUGAUAUACAGUGGUACCUCGGGUUAAGAACUUAAUUCGUUCCGGAGGUCUGUUCUUAACCUGAAACUGUUCUUAACCUGAAGCACCACUUUAGCUAAUGGGGCCUCCUGCUGCUGCUGCUGCGCCGCCGGAGCACGAUUUCUGUUCUCAUCCUGAAGCAAAGUUCUUAACCCAAGGUAAUAUUUCUGGGUUAGCGGAGUCUGUAACCUGAAGCGUAUGUAACCCGAGGUACCACUGACCACUGUAGUACCUUUGUAUUUGGACAACUGUAUGAUAACUAGGAGUGAGUAAGCAUUUUGGUUUUGCAGUGUUUUAGAAACAGGAGUCUUUUAAAAAUCUAUAUAAAAUUAUGGUAAAUGAAGCUUGCAUUCUGCAAAUGUUACAUAUUGCUUGCCCCCAGUGGAAAUGCCCCCCUUCCCCAAAUCCAAGUCCAAAGGCAGCAGAAUUCCUGAACCAUAAUGUUUUAUGUGCAGCUUGGCUGGCUUUGUGCUGCAAAGCUCACCUCUUAUUAAGAGGUUGACUUCAUGUCCCAGGUUUUUGAGGUGAAGGGUUUGCUUCUUGAUUAUCUUAAUCUUCUCAGUUUCAGAUGAUCUGUGUUUCCCUAAGAAAGCUUUAGAAGAUGCUUCUGCUUCUGUUUCAUGGAAAGAAAAACAAGUCAUUGAUUGCAAAGGCUACAGGGACAGACUGAAGAGAGUGAAGGAAGUGAAAAAGAGAAAUGCUAGCUUGGUAACAGUGUUUUCUCUCCUUUUGCCUGCUAUCCUAAUGAUGUUUAAAGAGCUAUCCAACCCUUUGAACCACUAUGUUGGAGAAGGUUUGGUGAGAUAGAGGUGCCUCUCCGUGGCACUGCUGGUGAGGAAUGCCCUGAUGUGCCCACCCAAAUGGUGGGUAUGUGGAAACUAUGACUGGCAGUAGCCAGUGGAAACCCCCAGAACAGGCAUUCUGGGGGCAGACCUGGACUGGCACAAUAUUUGCUGGAUCCUGAGCUGGCUCUGUUGCCAUUAUGUGAUAGCAGCAGACCUGAUCCAGUUCUCUUCAUUGUGCCAGCCUGAUUGCUCAUGUAGCAAAGAGGAUUUUCCUUCCUUUUUUCCACCAUGUGGCUGAGUGCAGCGUACUUGGGGUUAUCAGAUGGACUCCCAUCUGGGUGUUGACCAAAUACAGACCCGCUUAGCUUUAGCAAGAUGGCUUCAAAUUGAUUUGCUUAGACUAUAAAAUUAUAAACAGCACUUGAGUUGGACUCCGAGGCUGUGAAAAGUGCUAGUAUAUAAUCACUCCCUUUAGAAUAACUAUUUAUUUUUGAAAAGCAUCUGAAUGAAAGCUGUUUUUAUUGCUUUGGAGUAUUGAAGCUAUAAUGCAUUUUAAUUGUCAUUGAAAUUACCGCUGUGAGGGAUAUUUUUCCAUGCUAAUGUGUUUCAGGGAAGCUUCAAAGAGUAACUGUUAAAAAGGGACACUGCAGACUAAAGCAGAGGUUUGUUAUAACCAAAUGGUUUUGGCAUUGCAGUAACCUUCAAGAAACUGGGAGAUAAAAGUUAACUGGUCACCACAAUUAAAUUUCCCUUUUUGUUUUCCCACUCUGCCUUUCUCUGGCUCCUGACCUGCCUUAAAGUCAGAUCUUGUUGGUGGCUAAUCAUGAGUGCCAUUGUCUUAAAGGUAGGCACAUCAGUUAAAGGGGAGGAACCCAAUCCACAUCGAGGCAUCUGACCAAGGAAAUAUAAGAAAAUUGCAAUGGUUUGAGUAGGCUGAUUAGCCCAUAACAAAAUGAAAGGGAACACUGGUGUAGAUGGGUAAGGGAAGUAAAAUAGGACAAGUCUGGCAAGCCAAGGGAAGAGUACUCAGGUGAACAGCUGGUCAACUAAAUAUCCAGUAGAGGUAAGCUUAUAUGUGAACUUCAGAAAGCUGGCCUAGAAUCCUAUUAAGCCCUGAGAAAUAAGUAGAGGAGCUGUGCAAGGUGGAGCCAAAGGAUGGCUGAGGCAUACUAAUUCUCUUUUGGACCUUUGGGCACCAGCAACACUUGACAAGGAGGAAGGAAACCUGGCAUGAUCUGCUAUAUUCAGAUAUCCUCCCAUCACCAUUAUUCAGGUUAAAGUGUUGCCCAUACAUAAUAAGAUACCUCCUAUAGAUUAAAUAGCCUUAUUGGAUUGAUGCAGCUUAUUUCUCUUGUGCUGCCAGGCCUAGACCAAUUCUGUAUUUGUCUAGCCAUCUGCAAUCCUCUAGUCAAGGAAUAUUUCGGAGGUCUCAUCCAACCAGGUUUGGUAAUUUAAUAUAGCUAUUGACUUUAGUAUAGAUUGCAGUGAUUUUCUUUUUGAUGAGUGGAAAAUGUUUCUCCCAACCCUAAGGAGGCCAACACUGGUGUUCUACAUUAAAGUUUUCAUUCAAGAUCUUAUACAAACUUGUAUCAGUAUAACUUGUGUGUGAGAGGGAAACCCUCCUCAAGCAUUCACUGCCAAACUUGCAAAGGGGCCUGUGGGAACAGGUGGGGCUCACUCAACUCCUCAGUGAUGCCCCAUGUGCUGACAGUGCUCCUGCUCAAGUCAGAAGGGGACCUUUUUAUGCGUAGAGUAGUAAAUGCCUCAAGAGAGCUAGAGUUUCUUCAACAUCAGAUUUUAAGAGUUCUAUGGUUAAAAUAAUUAUAAUUUUAUUAUUUAUACCUCACCCAUCUGGCUGGGUUUCCCCAGCCACUCUGGGCGGCGUACACCGUAUAUAAAAAAUUGUAAAACAUCAGUCAUUAAAAAUUUACUGAAACAGGGCUGCCUUCAGAUGUCUUCUAGCAGUCAGUUAUUUCCUUGACAUCUGAUGGGAGGGUGUUCCAUAGGGCAGGCACCACUACUGAGUAGGCCCUCUGCCAGGUUCCCUGUAACCUCACUUCUCUCAGGGAGGGAACUGCCAGAAGGCCCUCGGAGCUGGACCUCAGUAUCCAGGCUGAAUGAUGGGGGUGGAGAUGCUCCUUCAGGUACACUGGGCCGAGGCUGUUUAGGGCUUUCAAGGUCAAUACCAACACUUUGAAUUGUGCUCAGAAACGUACUGGGAGCCAAUGUAGGUCUUUCAGGACCGGUGUUAUAUGGUCUCUGUGGCCGCUCCCAGUCACCAGUCUAACUGCCGCAUUCUGGAUUAGUUGCAGUUUCCGGCUCAUCUUCAAAGGUAGCCCCACGUAGAGCACAUUGCAGUAGUCUAAGCGGGAGAUAACUAGAGCAUGCACCACUCUGGUGAGACAGUGCACAGGCAGGUAGGGUCUCAGCUGGCAUAACAGAUGGAGCUGGUAGACAGCUGCCCUGGACACAGAAUUGGCCUGCACCUCCAUGGACAGCUGUGAGUCCAAAAAGACUCCUAGGCUGCGCACCUGGUCCUUCAGGGGCAUGGUUACCCCAUUCAGGACCAGGGAGUCCCUCACACCUGCCUGUUCUCCCGAAACAGUACUUCUGUCAGUCAAGAUUCAACCUCAAUCCGUUAGCCUCCAACCGCCUCCAGACACUACCACAGGACAUUCACUGCCUUCACUGGUUCUGAUUUAAAAGAGAGGUAGAGCUGGGUAUCAACCACCAUACUGGUGACCAUCCAGCCCAAACCCCCUGGUGAUCUCUCACAGCGGCUUCAUAUAGAUGUUGAAAAGUACAGGGGAGACUCAGUUUUGUGACGAAUACAGGGACCUAAAGACUAGACUGCAUCUGGAUUGCAUGUUAAUGUCUGUAGGCCCCUAACACAUCUUCUGUGCUUCCCUUAGGAAGGUGAGACCUCCAACUUGCCAUUAGAUGGUGGAACAAGGCGCUCCCUGAGAAAGAAAAGCAAUUCCAGUAAAGCCGCCGUGUUUGAAAUUGGUAAGUGUUUCAACAAAUGGGGUCAGUCAGAAUAGCAGGAGUUAGAACAAUAAUACUUACCUGUUGUCAUCUGCUGAAAGUAGCAUCUUUGUAUCCCUAAACGUGCCUGGGCUUUUUUUGUUUUACUACUUUUUCUUCAAUAGUGUCCCCUUUUUUGGUAAUUACGAUAAGGAAUGGUGAAUCUUGGUGCAUCCUAAUAGAAGAAUUGCUUACUGCUCUAACUUGUCCCAGAUCGCCUAGUGGACAUAGCUGAACAGGGUUUGAACUUACUGCAAACAUACUGUAAAUAAGUAUCCUCCUGCAUGCUGCUUAAUUGCUCCCACAUUGGUUGCUUUGCCUGGAGCUGGGGAAAACAGUGAGGCUUGGCAUAACAGGAUGUGUGAACCGAGACUCAUGAUUUGUUUCUCUCCAACAUCUCUUGAGUGGUAAGCCAAGAACAAACCUUGGCUUCCACUUGUGGUUUGUUUGGGGAGAAACUAAACCAUAACCUCUGAUGUUCGUUCCUGUUCUAGGCAGGUCUAGUGCAAAGAAGGGUGAUGCUUGCUCAGAGCAAGCCAUGGUUUAUUGCUUAUUGUGGCAUGCAAGCCACUCUCUGCCUUGGUUUCCCAAGACCAAAUCCUGCCCAAACUUAACUUUCUGGGCCCUAAUCCAGGUACACUGUUCACAUUCCAGUGGACUGCCUGCCAGCAUAUAUUUUUUAUUUAAAUGUUUCUAUGAGCUGUAUUGCUGAUUCAGUCAACCUGGAUUUUACGGAAUAUUUGAGGGAAAGCAUUAGGUUCUGCACAGAGUGGCUACGAUCCUGCUAAACCUUAGCCAGCAAUGCUAAUUGUGGUUUUUGAAUGCCCGUUUUGUCAAAAUUAUAAUAGUAAACCUUGUUCAUUUAAGGAUCAGACUCUUCGGAAGAUGCAUUUAAGAAGACCGAUACAAUCAGAUGGUGAGUAGAGCCAUCAAUUUAAAUUGUCAGUACCUUCUUGUUUACAGUAUUCAUUUCCCCCCCUGCUGCAUCUUGGGGGUGGUACACUACCAUGCUUUGCAGAUGUUCCUUUAGUACUUACUAGUGCUAAUGGCCCUCUGGAUCUGUGAAUUGCAGCUGUGCAGUACAGGUAAGAGGAAAAAACAACUCUCAUGCCUUGUUACUCUGUAGCAUCCUAUGAAGAUAAGUGUUCUGCAAUGGCUGUUUCUUGGUCUUCUCUCUGCUGAGUGCUUACAUUUUCUGUGUGGAAUGUUUACUGUUCCUCCACCUCCUAUUCUCUGGGCUCUUUAUCGAUAUGUGAAUGGAAGGAAAGGUGACAGGGUACAGGGUGGUAUUUUUCAGAAAGCUUGGUUCAGCCCAGGGACAACUGGCUAUUGACUUCUAGUUUAUUUUGAAGACCCAGAACCUGUGAAGUAGAUCAUUAAUAAAUUUAUUGUUCUAAUCUGCACUUAUAUCUAGGGCUCAGAAGAUGGCACUAAGUUAAUUAUAAAUGGUAAAAAAAAAAAAGAUAGAUAGCAUGUACUUGCUUAAUCACAACUACUUGUUCAGUGCAAGAUUUUAAACUGUCUUCUGAAUCCCCAGUGCAGUGGAGCAGCUCCUGGGGGUGUUUCUGUUUGACCCAGUUUAGACAUGUUAAAAAAUAGUUUGUUUUUAUAUCAGUGAACCUUGGCCUCAUAUGAGGGGAGGAGAUUUAAAGCUUCCAUUUCUUGUUAGGAACAAAGCAUAGUUACUGCUUUGGCUCAACUUAAACAAAUGCUGAUUUGUUCAAGACAGUUUGUCAACAAGGCAGGGUGUUAUUUGUGUGAUAACUUGCCUUGCUAACAAAUUUUGGUUUGAACAAACCACCGUUUUUCAUUCAGAGCAAGCAACAAGCAAUGGUUUGUACUUAACCGGGAACAGAAGCAUUAAGUCUUCUCUUACACACAAGUGUGUCAUCCUGCUUCCUGUGCUUGUAACAAACUAUGGUUUGUUGCAAGUGAAUUUGGUCUAUUUGUCGUUGAGAUUUUUUAAAUUCUCAACAGGGCUCUUUUGGUCAAACUCCUUUGGUCAAACUCAUGAUAGAACAUAAAUAGGAUUUUGUGUACUAUAUGAAUGACACCCCCCCCCCACACAGUAUUCUGGGCCAAGGAAAGCAGACAUCUGUUCUCAAUAUGAAUUAUGUAUCAUUUUAUAUAUUUAGUUUUCCAUCCAGUUUAGAGCCUUUUGAGGAUGAAACUGUGCUGUUUAACCAUGCAUCUGGUGAAUCAGUCUUACAUAUGAAAACUCAUGCCAUAAUAAAUUCACUUUAUAAUUUUAAGUUUCAUGGUGCAAAACAAAGACCACUACUGGACACACAUCUGGGGUUGCUAACAAAGGAAAAAUAGGGCCAGUGCAGACCCUGCUGCCCAUCAGUUGUUUGUUCCUUGCUCAGCUCGUUCCAGGAGUUGUGGGAAGGAGAAUGCAAAAUUCAAAGGAAAAGCACCAAAUACAUUAUAUUUCAGGCCACCUUCUUUGAACCAUAAGUUCUACUCACAAUAGUGCAGGAGGUAGAAACCAUUUAAAGGCUACCUUAAAAGAGCUCCACACUUGCGACUGUUCUUCCCUGAAUGUAAAAUGAUUUUCUUACUACUUCUACGGUUUAGUGCAAUUUAAACUUUUGUAGGUCUUCCUUGCUUUCAUCUGAGGCAUAAUAGGGUUGCCUUGUCCAGAUCUACAAAUCGGGGAAGCCUAAUUUGCAUUGGAUGCCUUUUUGCUAAAUAUGUAAAUGCCCUGCUUUUAUGUAAAAAUGUGUUUUUAAAUUGAAUUAUAAAUAUUUAAAAUUGCAACAUGUUUGCAUGCAACUCAAUGAAGCACAAGGCUCCUGCAAGCAGUUGAACACUGAAUUUGGGCUGGAAGGGGCUCUGAGGAGGCACUGGAACUCGAUACACCUCAGGUCAAUCGAGUUGCAACUAACUUUAAUUAAAUCUCCCUCUGCCUGGGCUGAUUGUCUAAACAGAUAGACCUUUAAAGAAUUUUUUCGUUGGUGCUUUUCAUGGAGCUAUUGCUAUAGAGGAAGUUUAUCUCUUUCCUUUCCCCCUCAGAUACUGAAUAGAAAUGAAUGGCUAUCCCGUAAUACAGAGGUACUCAACAUGGUGCCCUCCAUAAAUUUUAGACUGCAACUCCCAUCCGCCCAAUAAACAUGGUCGGUGGUCCUGGAUCGUGGGAGUUAUAGUUCAGAACAUUGGAAUGCACUGCAUACGCUAUCUCUGCCAUCGUUCCUUGUACUUAACAAGAAAUGUAGUGAUUGUGGCCUUUUCACAGGGACAACUUUUCCUUGCCUUCGUCUCCUCCACCCAAUCUUCCUUCAGGUCAGGUGCGCCAACUCUAUGGGGUUGAGGCUUCUACAGACCACCCCCCAAAUGUCUGUUGGGAAGGGGCUCAGCCCCCAUAAUCUUGAGGGGGCGGAAGAGGCCUUGCUGUGCUUGGUUCCCAUUGAAUCUAUGGAACCUAAGUACAGUUAACUUACUCUGGAUCCAACCCUUGGUUUCGGGGUGGUAGGUUGAGAGAGAGCUACUUGCUCACCUUCCAAGAGUUUAUCUGUUAUGCAGUGUUUCUCAAACUUGGGUCCCCAGCUGUUGUUGGACUACAACUCCCAUCAUCUCUAGCUAGCAGGACCAGUGGUGAGGGAUGGUGGGAGUUGUAGUCCAACAACAGCUGGGGAUCCAAGUUUGAGAAACACAGCUUUAUAGGCUAAAAAAAAUCAAAAUACAGUGGUGCCUCGCAAGACGAAAUUAAUCCGUUCCGCGAGUGUCUUCGUCUAGCGGUUUUUUCGUCUUGCGAAGCAACCCUAUUAGCGGAUUAGCGCUAUUAGCGUUUAGCGGCUAUUAAAGGCUUAGCGGCUUAGCGGCUUAGCUGCUAAAAGGCUAUUAGCGGCUUAGAAAAAGGGGGGGGGAGCGGAAAAAAAAUCUCAAGACUCGCAAGACAUUUUCGUCUUGCGAAGCAAGCCCAUAGGGAAAUUCGUCCUGCGAAGCAACUCAAAAACGGAAAACCCUUUCGUCUAGCGGGUUUUCCGUCUUGCGAGGCAUUCGUCUUGCGGGGCACCACUGUACUAUCUCACUGCCACCUGUUGUUUGCUUGUGUGGGAAUUACUUCUGCAUUGGAGAAAGGGUCCAGUGGCAAAAUGAUGAAAAAAGGGGCACUGAGUUCAGAAACUAGUACCUGAAGCACAGGUGCUUAGUUGUAGCCGUCACAUGUGUGAUGAUUAUCACAUUGGGAGAGGCCAACCAGACCACCUCCCGUUGCGACAGCCGCCUGCCAGGCGGCACAGCUUUGGGAGAUGCCGCGCAGUGACUUCCCGCCAGGCCUCCUCUGCCCCCUCAAAAUUAUGGGGGCUGAGCCACAUCGCAGCAGACAUGGGGGGGGGUCUGUAGAAGCCUCAGCCCCAUAGAGUUGGCGCACCUGACCUGAAGGAAGAUUGGGUGGAGAAGACGGAGGCAAGGACAAAAUGUAGGCGGAACAGGCAGGGAACUGAAAAAGGAGGCAAUGGAGCAAGUGGCGAUCAGAGAGCCUUGUGCACAUGGCCAACGGUUGAUUGCCGAAAAUAGGCAGGUGACUGGGUGGGAAAUUUAGAGUGGCAUUGUGAGGACUGAACGUGUCAUGCUGAUUUGCUCUAACAGGGUCAAUUUGUGAAGGAUAACAGGACUGCAUGUGCUUCUUAUGGCUGUCUUGUUCCCGUUGAGGAUUAGAAUUUGACUCUGUUGCUCCCAUGGCUUGUGAAUAAAGAUCAGAGCCACACAAAUCCAGUUCUGCAAAGCACAAGUUAUUCUACAGUAGCUUGUCUCAAUUGUAGCAAGGUCAGACUUUGCAGUUGCAGCUCUAGUCAGUGAGACCCUUGCUACUGUCUCUCCCUGCUGAAGUGUUUUAGUGGAUUUUUAACUUUUCUUUUUUGCCACUGUUGUUGGUGCUGUGCAUAAAUCUUUAACAUCUUUUCUUUGACACUCAGUGGGGGGUAGUUGCAUAGCUAUACAAAAUUCAUAAGCAUCAGAUCAAUAUAUUCCUACGCUACAAAAAAUUCUUUAACAGUCAGGGAUGUCAAAGGAUAAUGCACACUUUAGCCCAGGUGUGGCUAACCUGUGGCUGACUAUUGGUCAUGCUGAUUGAGGCUGAUGGGAGGAGUAGCCCAAUAACCUAGGAGACCCAUAGCUUAUCCACCUCUGCUUUGGUCACAAAUAAACUCUCCCCACGCAAGCAGCCAAUAUAUCAAAAAAUUGUGGCGUAUCAUAAAAGCAACCAAAUUCACCCUAAAACCAACAAAGCUGAAAGAGAAGCACCAGCCUUUUACCAGGCACAUACAGUUUACUACAGCACAAUAGAGCUCUCAUACCUCUCCUCAAAAAACAAACAAAUAAAUAAAUAAAUAAAUAGCCCACUGACCACAGUUUAGAAAGAGAGUAAGAAAAAAGGAGAUACAUUUCUCACUACUUCUCCCAGUAGCAUGUUAAAAGUAGCAAUGGAUUCUGGUGGUAGCUGUUAAUUUAUAGCUUAGCCUGCAGCAUUUAUGACACACAUCUGAAUUGAGAGGGUGAAGGAACUACAGCCUGGGCCACUCACUGGGCUUCAGGCAAGUUGUCUUGUGAGCCAGCUGGUCUUCUCAGAUGCAACAGGAGAGAUAUGCCAGAGCUUGGAACUAGUAGAGUUCCUUUUCCCACUUCUUUGUUCCUGUGCUUAGUUGGCAUCUGCCUCAAGACUUCUUUAGAUGACCAUCAUGUCAUGGAAGAUGGGUCAACUGCAUGGUGCCUGGUUCAUCCAACAGCUCUAUUAUUGGAAAUUUAAAAGGGAUGAGCCAAGGAGAGCAACUCUUGCCAGCUCUUAAUUGGUUACAGAAGUCCUGGUACCCAGUGGAACAGCUGUAGUUGCUUGGGAGAUGCUCCACUCCCACCUCCUGUUGUCAUUCCCACCUCCUGUUGUCAAUCUUUCCUCACUUCUGGAUUUACUGAAACAAAUUGGAAGAAUGGGGCGUGGGGGGGGGAGUAUGGACACAGUAUAGAGGCAUUGUGAUUAAAAAUUAUUUAUUGAAUUUUUUACUUGCCCUUCACAAGGUCCUAGGAUGCUGUACAUCAAUUUAAGACACAGCUUUAUAGUUUAAAACAAAUACAAUCAAAAGAAAAGGACAAGUCGUAAACUAUAUAUAUCUUGAGUGUCAAAGGCUAGAAUAAAGAGAUGCGUCUUCAGCAUGCAAUGGAAGCUACAUAAUGAAGGUGCCAGAUUCAUAUUUGUGGGGCAGGCAUUGAAUAACUUGGGGACUCUCACAGAGAAAGUCCUCUUCUGCCCCCCCCAAACCCCUGAGGGCGUUAAGAACUACCAAAAGGGCUUCCUCUGAUGAUCUUAGUGGUCUUUCAGAUAUCUGAGGCCUAAAUUUAGGACUUUGGAUAAUAAUGUGAGCGCCUUGAAGGGUUCGUUCUUUCCUGUCCAUAUUUCCCCGAACCCCUGUACUUUGGUUGUAAACCCUAAUGGCAGGAACCUGGUUUUAAGAGGUUGUUUGCAGUUCAUCAUUUGGUCACCUGGGCAUUCUUGUUUCAUUCUUCUUCUUCACAGUGUGAGUUUAAGACGUAAUUAUCCAGCUCGAGUUGAUGAAGGGUGUGCCAAGAAUGAAAGCCCAAGCCCUUUUCACAUGGAGUUUUCUGAGCCGAGUGCUGAAGAUGAGACACCAUUAAAUAUCCUAGGUAUGAGGAUUUUCUCUCGAUGGCACCUGAAAUAAGAAUCCAAAUGCCUGAGCAUCAAGCGGGCUCAGUUCACCACUCUGGGGGGUUUUACUUGAGUCUUGUGAAAUUCAGCUAGCACGCUUUUCUUGGGCCUGAUUUUUACGACUUGCUGCAUUCUCACAGGGAGUCCCAGCGCCUGACCACAACUCACUUCUCAAAGAAAUAGCCUCCCUUCUGGGAAGGGUUAGGGUAGCUCAACCAGGAACUCGGUUCCUAAGAGAGUGGUGGCAGGGCUUGGACUAUCUUAAUUGGUGGUAAGGAAGGGCAGCAGUUAAGAAAGGUAGCUGGUGAAAGAGGCAAGCCAAUCCCAUUUCUAAACUUUUCUAUUUUCAGGUGUAUGUGAUUAUUUGGAAGAACUUGGAAACACAGAAGGAGCCAGCAUUGGAAAGUUAGAAAUUCCUGAGAAGAAUGCUGCUGUGGAAAAGAGUCAGGGUUUGUCUUCUCCAGAUCCCUGCUUGCGUAAACAUGACAGGAACUCCAAUUCCAUGCCAGAGGGUGGUUCUUGCUCUUUACUCCAUAUGGCACAAUUGGCUGAUGAAGCCACAAAGCCCACUGUAGAUAAACAGGCUGGUCAUGAUGCAGGAAAUGUUAUUACGGGACCGCCUUCUGGAAAUAAACACAUCCUGUGUGAAAAUGAGGAACAGCUACUGCAGUCACAAACUUCCCCUGAACGUCCUCUGAGUCAAGUCUCUGGGAAGAAACUGAUGCGGAGCAUCCAGAAAGUCAAAGCAUGGCUGUCUAAAAGCAAGGAGGGUCUUUCUCCAAGAUCCUUGCAAGAUACUCACACACAGGAGGUGGAUCAAGAUCCAGACUUGUCAGAUGGAGACUCUCUGGUCUCCCAGAAGACUGAACAGAUUGGAUACCAGAAAGUCUUCACAGUGGAAUGUGUAGGUGACAGGUCUUUGCCCAAGCCAGUUGCCUCUAAAGCUGAGGAUAAACUAUUUGGGAGAACGUACAAGAGGAAACGCAAAUCAACCCCUCUUUGGAAUAAGAGGGAAACAGUUCAUAUCCAAGCAAAGGAGGGCGUUGCUAAGACUACAGAAUCCUGUGAUGCACCUGUAAAAAGAUUAUCGCGAAAGAGGAAGGCUACAUCAGAAUUGCAACCAGAUGACUUCAUUAGGAGGCAAGAUGUGGAAGUAAAUAGUAGGAGGCCUGGUGGAGAUGAAGAUACUGCUUUGGAAGAAGGUGGCCAAGCUCCUGCUCUUGUAGAUGAUAGCCCUGUGGCAGAUCAAAAGGAAGUUGAGCUGCCGACUGAAUUUCCUCUCAAGGAAGGGCUGUCUGCUUUGGAAACUGAUUUAAAUGAACCAUCUCAGAGUAUAUGCCUGAAAUCGCCAGAAUCAAACUGUAACCCUCUAAAGAAGAAAAGUAACACUAUGAGCAAGAUACGUAGACAAUUAAUCAAGCCUGUUGGCGAAUUGCAGUUAAUGAUGGACAGAAGCUCCAGGUCCCCUGAGAAGGCAAAGAUACAGACUAAUGAUCAGUUAAGGGAAGUUGGUACAAGCCAGGUACAAGUCAGACGGAGCAGAAGGCUUCAGUUCUCGACAGAAGACGCCUGGAGGAGAAGUGAGCCAGUAAAGCGAGGAAGGAAACAGUUGGAUAAGAGAGAAACAAAGAAGCGUAGGUGGUCUUAUGAAGAAAACGGGCCAACACCUUCCAUAGCAGAAAAUUACCCCAGUGUGUUGCAGGGCAGGCUCCAAAAGGGUGUGUCUUUGUCAGAUACCAGCCUGAUGGACGUGGAAGGGGAUGCAAGUAAAGCUUGUGCUAACCCUCCAGCUUCUCCUCAGGUAGGUGUUGAACAAACCACAGAGGGCAGCAGUCCUUGUUGCAUUGUUCCCAGUGCAAGUUCCCAAGACAGCUGCUCACUUCUGCAUUUUGCUUCUCCAGAGGUGGAGCAAACCACUUCUGAGGAGAAACAGCUCACAGUAGCGCACCAGACUGAGAAGAAUGUGUUAUGUACCCAGAAACUAGAGGGCGAUGAGUUUUGCACAGGGGAUAUGAAGAGAAGCUGUAAACCCCCUGAAACAAAUGAUGAAGCUGCAGGAACUUUGGAGCUGAACUCAGAAACUGAGGACAGUGAACUGGAUACAAACUUCAUGCAGAAGAUAUUCAAUGGCUGCAAACGCCAGUCAUUCUUGUUGCAUCCAGUAAAGGAAUCUGCUGCAGAAAUUCAAAAAGAGACACGCAUUGGCUUGGGGGAAGAUGGCAAGGUUGACUGUUUGAAGAAAUCAACUUGCAUCGAUAAAUUUUGUGAGGAGAGAAGAGAUGCUGUUGCCUGUGAGGUGAACAGCUCUGUCCAAAGACUGGCAUCUUGUGCUACUGGUUUCCCUGAUCACGAGAGGAGAACUGAGCACCCCCAGCUUGCCUCACAAACUGCGUUCCCAGAUCAUCCAUCCACACCAGAUCAAUUAGCCACCAAGAAUCCUGACAGUCCCCCGCAAAGUCAAAAGCCAGUAACUAAAAAGAGUAUGUCCCCUCAAAUUAGGGGAGAAAGUGCAAACUCAAAUAACAGCGGCAGCAGUGGAAGCCCAAAUGUCUGGAGAAAUGUCAUCAUCCACAGCACCAGUUUAAGCGUCAUUAAUGAGACACGUUCUAGUAUAAACAACUCUGAAGAUGCAGAAUCUGAAAGCACUAAAAACAAAGGGCUGGCAUUAAACUCUCAGCCAGAAUUCAUGCAGCCAUGUCCUGUAAUUUGUCAGCUACCACAUUCUGAAUUCAGUGGCGUCCAUGGUGAAAAGAAUAGCCCCAUGGAACAAAAGCAACUGCAUAGUGACACAGAAGAAGCAACCAAUAAUUGCAGUACAGGCACUCCUAAGUGCUUGGUUCACAGUAAUAAUUUGGAACAGUGCGCCGAGGAGGAGUACCAUGGCUUUGAGGUGUCCUCGGAGACACCAGAGGGCUUGCUGGGCCCUGUCAUCAGAAGCAUAGAGGGCUCACCUAACCUUGGGGAAACAGAGAGGAGUGAUAGCUUGGCCAUGUCUCCUGGCAGAGAUGAGCAAACCCCACUUAAGGGAGACCUGGGUAGUGGCAACAGAAGAAGUUCCAGGCUGAGCAAUAAAGGCCUCGUUCGCACGCAGCAGAGAUGGGCACGGAAGCUGCCAUCCUCGGAGGAAGAUUCUAGCGAAGAUGAAGAGUUGCCAUCUUUUCAGGCACUGAUAUUUGGUAAAUCGGCAAGCACACCGCUAGACCCACUGAAAAAGAAGAAGACAUCGGGAGGGAUGCCAGCACUGAAGAGCAGCAACAAAUGUAAUGUAGAAACCAAGGAUGAGCAUGUCUGUCCAAGUCAGGAUUCGGAGUGCUCUAUGAAGCUGUUUUCUUCCCAGUCACACACAGCUGAGGAUUUCCACAGCAGGCCUCAUGACUCAAGACACUUAACUCCAGCUCCCACUUCUAGAGAAAAUCUGGAAAGUCUUAGAGAGAAUAAAAAAGCCACUCAGCCCAGGGAUGAAGUCUCAAAAGAUGCUGGACAACAGAAAGAUGAACAGCAAGAACAAGUGGAUUCGGAAUUCAAUUUAGGUACGAAUAUGAUUUUUUAAAUGUAUGCUAUUUUGAAUCCCCUACCUUCAUAUUGAAUCCUCUCCCUUUUUGUCUCUUCUUACCGCCUCAGAUGAAAAUGAGGUGUUUUUACACUACAGUGUACUGUUUUACGAGUUAGCUUGUGUCUGCAAGCCAUAGGCCCAUAUAUAGAAACAGCUAAGGAGGCGAUGGUACCUCUUUUGAUAUAUCCAGUUUAAGGAAGAGUCCUGUUUCACUUGGAAGUCUUCAUACUGCAUUUUAAAUGCUAACUGAAAUGGAGGUUCUUGUUUUCUCCCCCUGCAAGUGUUUUUACAUUACACUAUUGCCCCUCUCCUGGGUUUUCUGAGUACAGAGAGGAGAUGCACAUACCAGACAUUUUUAAUAUUCACGACAGCAGUCAACAGUGUGCCUAUAGUGCUGAAUAAAGUAUAAAUUGGCCCUUAGACCUUUUACAACAGGGAUGGGUAAGAUGGGGAACCUCUGGCCUGCAGGUGAUACUCAUCUAUUCAGCCUGUACUUAUCACCCUGCUCUCCUGUAAUACAUUGUUUUUUAAAAAAAAUUCCAUUGGUGCCAAUAGAAUAUUUUUUAAAAGUGUAAUUGUUGCAUGGCAGCAGUGACGAGCAAUUUUCAGUGAUGGUUGAAACUGUUGAGGUAAGGGUUAACCUCCAUGUACUGUUCAUAUAUAUUCCGUGUUCUCAGUGUCUAACAUUGAAUAAUCCCGAGUGCAUAAACAUUUGUCCCUAGGAAUUUGAAAUAUUUCUCCAGCCCUGUCAGUGUAUCUUAACUGUGUACUUUGAGCCCAGGUUUGAUUCUGUAGGAAGCUUUCCUAACCUUCUCUGUUCCUUCUUGUUCUUUCAGCCAAAGCUCCCCUCUUCCUUUCUGGGGGUGGUAUGUUGGGCACAUCUUUGUAUCAAUAAAUAAGGAGCCUUGCCUGGGAAUUAUCUCUGUAUGCUCUCCAAUAUUCUUUAUGAGAAACAGGGUUCUUGUCUUUUGAAGGUGAAGAGACCUUGGACUAUGACAGUGAAGCUAGCUGCUUGGGGGAUUCAUCAGGCUUAUCUUCCCAGAGUGAGAUUCUCACCACACAGGUAUGAAAUGGCACAGUUUCAGGCAUGGCUGUGAAGGACUAAUGGGGACAUGCUGCAGCAAGGGAGGAUAAGAUCUUGGGAGGAGAGCAGCUUUUGGAAAGCUAGUGGUAUACAGGAACCACAUGUCAUACUGGGAACAUGGUUGAACCUUUGUCACUGGAGGCCUUUAAGAGCUGCUUGGACCAGCAUGGAUUAAUGAGCUAGAAUCAAUCCAUGUUAUUUAUUGUUUGUUUCAUAACUCAUUCUUCCUCCCAAUGGAGCCAUAGGUGGCAAGCACAUCCACUUUUUUUAAGAAAAGCAUUCUAAAACAGUUUAAAGCAUUUUAAGUUAUCAUUAGUAACAUUAUUUCAUCCAAUGAUCUUUGGGUUGCCAGGAAUAGUAUUUUUCAGCCACCAAAUACACGGUGGAUAGGAAUGUUUUCAAAGUUAAUGUUGGAGGUGGGUGCUCCUCACCAGGUAAAGUAAAGGUAAAGGGACCCCUGACCGUUAGGUUCAGUCGUGACAGACUCUGGGGUUGUGGCGCUCAUCUCGCUUUACUGGCCGAGGGAGUACAGCUUCCGGUUCAUGUGGCCAGCAUGACUAAGCCGCUUCUGGCGAACCAGCGCAAUGCAUGGAAAUGCCGUUUACCUUCCCGCCGGAGCGGUACCUAUUUAUCUACUUGCACUUUGAUGUGCUUUCGAACUGCUAGGUUGGCAGGAGCAGGGAUCGAGCAACAGGAGCUCACCCUGUCAUGGGGAUUCAAACCGUCAACCUUCUGAUCGGUGAGUCCUAGGCUCUGUGGUUUAACCCACAGCACCACCCGCAUCCCUUCCUCACCAGAGUAGGCAUUCCACAAAUGGGGAACCACUACUGAAAAGGCCCUGUCAUAGGUCGGUUUCCAGUGGCGGCACCACCAACAAGGCCUUAUCUGCUGAUUGUAGGGCCUGAGUUGGUUUCUAUGGGGGGAGGUGCUCUUUGGGGUACUUGGGCCCCAAGCCAUUUCGGGCUUCAUAAGCUACUACUAACACAUUGAAUUGGGCCUUAUAGCUCACUUGUAGCCAGUGCUGUGCUUAGCAACCACAUUCUGCAUUGGCAGCAGCCUCUGGAUCAUCUUCAAGGGCAGCCCACCUUUCAAAAUCCCUAGUGCUGCUGUGGGAGGCACCAAAAAGAACUUCUUUGUGGCGUUUUGCUCAGCAGCAGGUGCUUGGGAACCCCGCUGGCUUCCCUCUCUCUCUUGUGGUGGGCAGAAGAGGGGGAUGAAUCUCCUUCCUCUCUUUCACUGGGCAUGAAGCAUUGUCCCACUCCUACUCCUGCAGAAGGGAAGGAAUGAAGCCAAGCCGGUGAUAGUUGCCACUGCUGGGGGAUGGGGUGCUGCUAGCAAAAAGCCUGCAAUAAAGUUCUACAGAAAAAUUUUGAUAAGAUUUCUGCUACCAGCUCCCUUGCAGCUGCUGCAGUUGUAAUGUAUACUUCUGCAUGCAUUCAGCAAGCUGACUUAUGUACAAAAGAGAAAUUUCCUAGUGCUGCAAACCUUUCUCCUUCAGCUGAGGAGGGUAUCCUUGUGUGGCUUACUCCUCCUGCUAACUCUAGUCAAGGUUUUCGUUCUCAUUAAGUUUGCCUGCUCUUCUCAAGUAGAAGGAACUCCUCCUAGUCCUAAAACUUCCUGCUCUGAUACAACAAGUCUUCAUUAAAGCUCCAUUCCUAUUCUGUUUUUUACCUUAAGCUUCUGAAGGUUCUCUUCUCCCCCCACCAUGCUUUCUGAAUUAUAAUGGUGCAAAAGGAAGUCAGAACAUCAUAAAACUGGCUGUGCUCCAUGCUGCCAUUUGUGGAUCUUUGGGAAGCAGCUAGAAUGUGGUUUGAGUCACAAGAAGGGUGCCUCCUCCAGCCACCACAGGUUCAAUGGGAAAAGUCCACUGUGGAGGGGAGGUCUUUAGUAUAAUGAAACAGACAUACAAGGGAAUUAUUUUGGCUGGCAUCAAACCAGCUUUGGUGAAGGACAUGAAAGGGAGGAGCACAAGAACAUUGAGAACAAGGUAGCCAAUAUGAUGCCCUCCAAAUGUUGGACUCCCAAAUCCUAUCAGUUUGCUAGGAUGGACAAUGAUCUGGAAGUUGGGAGUCCAGCAAUAUCUAGAACAUGACAGCCAAACUUUUCAUAUCAAGUGGGCCACAAGAGUACUUUGACACGAAACCUAUUGGGGGUGGGGAGAAGAGGCCAAAAUUUGAUACACACACUCCCCCAGUACCUUUGCGCUGCCUUCCAGAAACCGGGUAAGUGAGGUGCUGGGCUUUGGGAAGGAAGUAUGAGGCUCUGACAGGGUCCUAGAGCCCUCCCACCUCCUUCCCAAAGCUUGGAAAAUGCUAACUGGGCUUUGGGAAGGAGGCGGGAGGACUCUAGGACCCUGUCAGAGCCCCAUGCCUCCUUCCCAAAGCCCAGCACCUUGCUUAACCGGGAGGCAUCCAGUGUUGCUGAGGGCAAAAAGGCAUCAAGGGCUGCAUGUGAUCCUCAGGCAACACAUUGGAGUGCCCUGAUCUAGAAGGCACCACAUGGGCUGCUAUAGGACUCCUUCAUGGAAGGAGAAAAUAAUGUUGCUCUUACCAUGAUAUGUUCAUUCUCUUUAGCGCAGGCAUAGGCAAACUCGGCCCUCCAGAGGUUUUGGGGCUACAGUUCCCAUCAUCCCUGACCACUUGUCCUGUUAGCUAGGGAUGAUGGGAGUUGUAGCCCCAAAACAUCUGGAGGGCCGAGUUUGCCUGUGCCUGCUUUAGCGGGUAUCGGUAUCCUACUUACCCAGGUAUGGUUGUUUCACUGCUUGUGGUCAGGCUGGGAGAGACUCCCAGGGCUUUCAGUCAGAAUAAUUUGAGUACUGAGGGUGUCCUUUUCUCUUCUGUGCCCCAUCGAACUUCUCAGUGCCCUUGCUUAUACCUCUGUAUUGUACCACAACGUUGCCUUAGAUGGCAUGCAAGGAUACUCUCUGUUCACUGAAAAGAGAUAACUUAUCAUGGGCAAAUCUGUUCUGUUCUGUUCUGUCUCAUUUGCAGCAAAAAAAUGCCAUGCAAAACAGCUUAAAGAAACUCCAGCAGAAGAUGGCUAUUCUUGAAGCAGUUCUCAAACAGGGAAGCCAGAGUGCUGUCCGUGAAGGAUCACUGCUUCCUGGUGAGGAAGGUGAUUUCACUGGAGGACAGACAAAAUCAGCAAUGGGUGAGCAAUGCAGUCCCUUCUAUUUUUUCUCAGGAAGAUUGCCUGGGUAUUAAGAACGCUUUCCUACUUCUUUUCAAACACCUUGAAAUAGACCUGUGUCUUAUUUUCUAUUUUCACAUAUUGCAUUAUUAUUUUCAUUGUAAAAGUCAUAAGCUAUUGACACAAAGAGAUGCUGAACCUAAGUUAAUUACUCUUGUCAGCAGCUGACUUUGCUAACAAGCUACUUUGAAUAGGAGAUAACAUUGAACCACCAGUGUGUUGUCCGAGUGCACAACAAAACAAUCUCUGCUUCUCCUCCCCUCCCCUGCACUCCCUCCCCUGAAUUUGUUCUGGGAAUGCAGAGCAGAUUUGGGGCAGCAUAGGGGAGGAGAGGGAACUAAUCACAUUGUUCUAGCAAUGUGCAACUAUUUGGUUUAGUGCCACUCUCAUGACGGAUACCGCUGCAUGAAGUACUGGAACUGGGAGUUCUUCUAGCGGAAGGUGAAUUGUGCAUCUUCCACCAAGGUAAAGCCGUCCUCCAUAUAGAUCCAGCUUUUAGUUAAAAAAUCAACUCUGUUUUCACAAGAUUCAGGAACCCAUCCUGCCUUCUUUCUUCCUAUUCUCAUCCAACCAUGCCCCUUGAACUGGGCCAGUUUGCACUGGUCACUGCCAGACCUUCAAGUUUUAUAUUGUCAGAACCAAGUCCCUGCAUCAACACAGAUUCCUCUUUGUAUCCCUUCCAUAAAUUGGGCCUUGAAAGGAGGCUGUCCCUGGCUUCCUCAGUCAAAUUGCCCUGGGAAUGUUAGUCCUAGUUCAGUCUUCCAGCAACAUUCAGAUCCCAGAGAGUAUCCUGGCUGACUUUUGUCGGGAGUGCUGCCUUGCUACACGGUUGCUUUCUGAGAGAGAGCAUUGCUGGAGGAGAUAUGCCUGGUCAUUGGUGCAUACCUUUGCAGUUUCAAGUUUGCAGCAAGGCCUAUGGUUGACUCUAAUGAGAUCAGUUCCAUUUGUCACAUGGUUCUGCUUCCUGCCACCUUUCCUAGGCUCAAACAUCCCCUCUUCCCAACCCCCAAAGAGGAGUGGUACAAGCCUGACACGCAGCAAACAUGAAUCUAUGGUAAUCAAACAGUUUAACAGCCUAUUAGCUUUCCAACCUAUUAGCUUUCCACAACAAGCAGGAAAGUUUCCAAAGCUAACAUAGGUACGUGGAGUAAACCCUGUAUCUCUAGCCUACAAUGUACAGCACAUGGCCCCUCAAUGGUCACAGUUCAUUCCACAAUAGUGAUGCGACUUCAGCAUUCAGCACAAAUGCUCCAUUGGAAGAGUUUUAGCAGGGCCACCAGGACCUCGGCCUCUUAUUUUGUUAAGCAUUACCAGUUCAACAUACUUGCUUCUGCUGAUGUGGCUUUUGUAAGAAUGGUGUCCCUACAGACCCUUUGCCCUUAGACCCUGAGUAGUGAGGGGAAAGACCAGGAUGUUGGUACAACAGUUGAACAUUCCAGUUGAGGUAUCUUCCUCCACUAAUAGAGAACGGAGCGCUGAACUUACCAUGGAUAUUUCUUCUCAUCAGUACAUGGAAGGAUAUCCAGUCGUACUCAGGCUCGCCUUCAAGUUCCCUUGCUGGUCAUAGGGUAGAUGAGGGAUGAUGCAUUUGGCUUCCAAGGCAUACAGUUCAGCUUGGUUUGAGUCUGGGGAUCCUUAUCUCUCCUUUCCUCCUCUUUCUUACCCCCUUUUUUCUAAUACUGUAGUGUUUUUACAGUUAUGGUGGUGGUUAAUGUAUUGGCUGUCCUGAAACUGGGUUGGGGGUUCUUGUCUCAGCAGAAAGGACAGCACCAAGAUUUUCUUAGUUCUUCCUUUGGAAUGAGUAAGAGGAGUAAUCUCCAUUCACAGUUAAGAUGAGAAGGAACCUUCUCAGCAAGUCCAGGGUUGUUUGCCCUCUUCUGAUCUGUUUAUCCUUGCUCUUUAAUUCCAGAAACAAAUGUUUCUUCUGUCUGUUAAAGCACCACGCUAUAGUUUCUGCUGAUGAUGCAAUACAGAGUUAAUUUUGCAUUUUUACAGAGGAGUUUAUGCAUCAGUUUGAGCUCUGUUGCCAUGGCAUUGGUUUUAAAAUGCAUUCCCAUCCCCAUAUUGUUGUGACAGUGUAUCACAUUAGCUUGUUUUCUUUAGCUAGAUAAAACCCAGAAGCUACCUUGGCUUUGCAGGGGAUGCCCUUCUUUUGGAAUUGUGACCUGGUGUACUGAUAAAAUUUGUAAUAGAAAUGCUACUCCAAGAAAGUGUACACAUUCAUUCAGGGCUUUUAUUUGCUACUCACUCAAAUUGUUCCUCUGGGCAAGGAAGGCCAGUUUAAUUGCUGCAUCAACAACACAGCCGGGUCCCUCUCUUAGACUAGCUUCAUAACCUUUUGCUGUUGCAGGGUCCCAGGUGCUUAAUCUUUUGACACCCUAUGGAGGCAAACAAGGGCUGUGGCUAGUAGGCAUCAUUGCCUUCUACAGAAGGGUGGGCAAGCGAAACAGAGCAAUGCUAAUCUCCACCAGGCUUCAGGUCAAAGGUUCUCUUGGGAAGUCUGUGGGGGAGCCGGCUAUAAAACACCAGCAGUAGAAAGUAAAACAGCUACUUCCAAGAGGAAGAAUGAGGCCCAUGCCAAAUGAGCAAGAUGACCCAGAAUUUUAAGGCAGCUGAAACGUUUUUAAAAGUUCAGAGUAACUGUCACCUUAAUGAGCUGACUGCCAAAGGGUAUUGCGAUCUGCAUUCAGUGCCAGUGAUUCUGUAGAGUAUGCUCAUCUUUGCACGUCUGAUCUAUUUGCAUUUUUCAAUCCCCUAUUUGCAAAUAUGGGACGUGGGUGGCGCUGUGGGUUAAACCACAGAGUCUAGGGCUUGCCGAUCAGAAGGUCGGCAGUUCAGAUCCUCGCGACGGGGUGAGCUCCCGUUGCUCAGUCCCUGCUCCUGCCAACUUAGCAGUUCGAAAGCACAUCAAAGUGCAAGUAGAUAAAUGGGUACCGCUCUGGCGGGAAGGUAAACGGCGUUUCCGUGCGCUGCUCUGGUUCGCCAGAAGUGGCUUAGUCAUGCUGGCCACAUGACCCAGACUGUCUCGCCAGAGUGGUGCAUGCUCUGGUUAUCUCCCGCUUGGACUACUGCAAUGCGCUCUACGUGGGGCUACCUUUGAAGGUGACCCGGAAACUACAAUUAAUCCAGAAUGCGGCAGCUAGACUGGUGACUGGGGGCGGCCGCCGAGACCACAUAACACCGGUCUUGAAAGACCUACAUUGGCUCCCAGUACGUUUCCGAGCACAAUUCAAAGUGUUGGUGUUGACCUUUAAAGCCCUAAACGGCCUCGGCCCAGUAUACCUGAAGGAGCGUCUCCACCCCCAUCGUUCUGCCCGGACGCUGAGGUCCAGCGCCGAGGGCCUUCUGGCGGUUCCCUCAUUGCGAGAAGCAAAGCUACAGGGAACCAGGCAGAGGGCCUUCUCGGUAGUGGCGCCCGCCCUGUGGAACGCCCUCCCAUCAGAUGUCAAAGCAAUAAAUAACUACCUGACAUUUAGAGGGCAUCUUAAGGCAGCCCUGUUCAGGGAAGCUUUUAAUCUGUGAUAUUUUACUGUAUUUUUUGUUUCUAUGGAAGCCGCCCAGAGUGGCUGGGGAAACCCAGCCAGAUGGGCGGGGUACAAAUAAUAAAUUAUUAUUAUUAUUAUAUGACCCGGAAGCUGUAUGCUGGCUCCCUCGGCCAAUAAAGCAAGAUGAGCGCUGCAACCCCAGAGUCGGUCACGACUGGACCUAAUGGUCAGGGGUCCCUUUACCUUUUUAUUUGCAAAUAUGGCUCCUUCAGACUUGGUUAUAUGGCUGUAACAAUUGGGGGCGGACAGCGGUGAUUGCUGAGUUCACUGUAAGUUGACUUCUCAAAAGUCCUUAAGAUUUUGCCUCUUUCAGUUCCACCCACACGCGUAAUAGCCAAUGAGGACUCAAAUCAGGACAAAGAUUCAAAACUUGUCAUUGCUUUGCUUUGAAAGAGCAUCACACAACAAGAAGCUAACGUUGGGGUUGUAGUGGAUAGCUUGAUGAAGAUGUCGAUCCAGUGUACAGCAGCUGUGGAAAAAGCAAACUCCAUGCUAGGAAGCAUUACGAAAGGAAUUGGAAAUAAAAUGCCAACAUUGUAAUGCUGUUAUACAAAUUUGUGGUGUGACCGCAUUUGGAGUAUUGUGCACAAUUCUGGUUGCCUCACAUCAAAAAGGAUAUUACAGAGUUGGAAAGGGUUCAGAAAAGGGCAAGCAAAGUGAUCAGGCGGAUGGAGUGCCCCCCCCCCCUAAAGAAAAGUGGCAGUAUUUGGGACUUUUUAAUUCAGAGAAAAGGCCUGAAAGAGGUGACAUGAUUGGGGUUUACAAAAUUAAGUACAGCAUGGAGAAAGUGGAAGUUUUUCUGCCUCUGUCAUAACACUAGAAUUUGUGGACAUUCAGUGAAGCGGAACAUGGGAAGAUUCAGGAUAGUUAAAAUAAAGUACUUUUUCACACAACAUAUAGUUAAACUAUGAAACUCACACAGAAGGCAGUAAAGGCCACCAGCGUGGAUGGCUUUAAAAGCAGAUUGGACAAAUUCAUGAAGGAAAUUGGGAGUUGGGUGGGCUUUUCCUAAUACUACAAUAAGGGAGAAAGUUGAUUAAUUAACUCCCCACCUACCCCCAGACAUUCAACUAGCUCAGGCUUGUAAAUGUUAAUUUGCCUUCUCACUUAAUAGCAAAUAAGAAUAUUUUCCAGCUGACCGGGCAUGGCUGUUUCUGUAAACUGGAGGAGAUGUUCCUUUAUCUAAUUCAUGCUCUUGAUAUGCAACAGGUGAUUUUGUUACGUGUGACCAGUCAUGCUGGUGAAAGUUUUUGUGGGCUAGCAGAUUUUGUAGAUUCAUCUGCAAGGCCAUCUAGAGCUGUCUUGAACACAGUUCAAGGUCUGUGCUCCCCACGGCUGUUUGCACAGCUGUCAACUUUUCCCUUUUCUUGCGAGGAAUCCUAUUCGGAAUAAGGGAAUUUCCCUUAAAAAAAAAGGACAGCUUUUGAGUGUGAAGGACAGCUAUGAGUUUGUAGGAGCAAUUUGUGGGAUUUACUUUUCAAUCUUUGACACAAUUGGUGGUGUUCAACUUUUAUUCAGAGUAGUUAAUGGACCUCACUUAAUCCUAUUCAUUAAUUUCAGUGGAUGUAUGGGUUGUUAGGCGAGGGUAGUACCUCUGGUGAGGAACACAUCAUGCUCCUCCUGGGGCAGUUUGUUCACCUUUGGUCCCCACCCUGCACUCAGCUCUCCCCCGUGGCUCCUAGAAGAUGUCAACAAACAACAGUGGCCACCAUCCAGGAAACUUUUCCGACUGGCUGACUAAACCAGGUGAGGGUCUCAAACUCUGGGUGAGUUAGGGACUUCCCCUGCAUGCAAAGACGGUCUCUGGUGGAUUGAGCGGUCGAAACCAAUAGUGGGUCCAGUGGUCAGGAAGGCAAUUUUUGUACAUGCUAUAGAGGGGAGUGAGGGGCUCGGCCUGGGAAGAUAGCCCAUCUAGGAGAAGGAAAACUCUGAUCCGAAACCUCUGAUGUCCUGUGGGGUAUCCUUGGGAGAAGAAAACGCUAAGGAGUAAACCCAUAAGACUGAUGGCUGGUUCCUUGUACACCUCCUUCAGCAACCCCUGCAGCCAAGCUGUGCCAAAUGUAUUUCUCUACUUUCCUUUGGGACCACAUCAGUGAGACUGAGAGGAGGGACGUUGUCUGGGCAGCCCAGGACCAGCGGCGUAGCAUGGGUUGUCAGCACCCGGGGCAAGGCAGGUAAUUUGCGCCCCCUAACCCGGGGCAAGGCAAGUAAUUUGUGCCCCCUAACCCGGGGCAAGGCAAGUAAUUUGCGCCCCCUAACCCAGGGCAAGGCAAGUAAUUUGCGCCCCCUAACCUGCCGCCGCUGCCAGCUUCUUCUUGCUGCUGCCUGGUCUGGUCUGGUGUGGUUCUCUCCCGCGCUCAGCGCUGCGCUGGGCGGCUGCUGCACUGUCCCUCCCCCAGAUAGUCCCUCUCUCUCUCUCCGCACCGCACGCCUGGCACCCACCUCCACAGUGGGCGGCGACCCAGCGGCUCGGAUCGGAUUCGCACAGCCAGCACUGCAGUGAGAGAGAGUGAGUGAGCCAGGUAGGGGCAGAGAGCUGCGAGUGCGAGCGCGCCCCCCCAGAUGUUGCGCCCGGUGCGGCCGGCCCCCUCUGCACCCCCCACGCUACGCCACUGCCCAGGACCUUUAUACACACCACCCAGGCUUAGCCAAACUAAUGAAGAGGUUUGGCUUCACCCCUGGAGGCAUACUCCAUUUUCUCUCGAGACAAAUGGAUGCCAAAAAACCCCAACAACAACAACAACUGUGAGUAAAACUGAACUGAAUGCCACCCAGUAUCUUUAACAUAAAUCGCAAAAGUGAUUAGCAACUUCCAGAAUGGCAGUCAUGAGUCUGCUGUGCUUUUCUAGUUUAUUUUCAUCCCAAUCCCCCAGUGAUUCUAGGGACAGUCUUUCUGGGUUUAGAAGCCCACUGCGUUUAGACAUAAACAGAACCUUAUCUAGUGUGAGAAUAAUAUGCUGUUCCUGAUGGAACUGGUUUGCAGGCGAAUGUUUUUGCAGCAAUUUCAAAUCCAAUCAAAGCCAAAUCCUUAGAUAGCUAUAAAUAGCACGUUUGAGUUUUAAGUCGGUGAAAUCGAUUAAUUAGCUUCCUCUGGGCUCGGAAACAGACUGAAGACAACUUAAUUAACAGAGCCCUUGUUUGGGCUUUCAGGCCAGUAUAAAGUAUUUUGGGGCGCCUCAUAAAAGCUUCAACCUGAUUACAUUUAUUGAUGGCUUGAUUACAAAUUACAGCGUCUCUCCUGGCUAUUAAAAAAAAACCUUUUGCCUCUUUCUAAUCACUUUCUGGGGAGAAGAGAUAUAUUAAAGCUCUUUUGAGACACCAUAAAUAAGAAGCUUUAAAAAAAAAGUAGUGAAGAGAAUGUUGCCUCAGGCCUGUUCUGCUCUUUCCAUGUUUCUUCUGCUGUUUUAUCAUUAGUUCCACCAAACGCAUCACUUGACACCUUGUGUUUUUUCCAAUGUGAUUGAAUAUUCAAAGUAUAAUUUGAGUAUUGAGUCGGUAGUGUAUUAUAUACUGAUGCAGGACUGUGAGUGUUUUAUAGACCGUUAAAGAUGCAGCUACUCUCCAGAGUCAGGAACUAAUACGGUUCUACAUUUUAUGAUGAAUAUUUCAGAAUAAAUCAGCAAAAUACUAAAGCUGCUUUAGAGACUGACAUCACUUCAAGUUACUGGCUGAGAACUGUGUCACUAACAUUUAUUUUUUUCCCAAACCUGGAGGGUUGAGGCAUUGGUCUAGAAUUUAGACCAACUCACCUAAAAAUAGAGUAUCCUAUACUAAGUCUAUCUCUUAUUCACCCUUAUACACUUCAUAAAUAGCUGUGGGAGAGUUUCUGUGUAAAAGUUCCAAAGAUCUCAGAAGCCUAUUCCUCAGUAACCCAGAGCAAGGCUUUCUUUUAGUAUGGCUGCCCCUGUUUCUGUGUAAUAUAUUUUAUAAUAUAUUUCCUGUUGGGAUCCAGCAGAUGCCCACGAUCUGCAUUUUCCGACAGGCUUUGCUGGCUGGAUAAAUGGGUUUUUACCAGGGGUGUCUACUUUGUAUGGUUUCACUUUUGUUGUUAAUGUAUUUGUUCGUUUCUCUGUGUUUAACUUUCUUCUUUAUUCUCAAUGUUCAUCACCCUGGGAGUGGUUGUCUAUAAGGCAAUUAAGAAAUCAGUGAUAAUGAUAAGUAUAUAAUAGGGUUAAAAACAUGUCCAUCAGUGACAGACAUGUGCAGGCUCCCUUCCACCCACUCAGCCUUCUGCAGAGCUGCCAAGAAUGUUCACAAACAUUUUAACUCCUCAAGGGUGAAACCAUCAGGAAUAGAAUGUAGAGAAUAUAUUGCUGUUCCUUAAAUUGCAUUUAAGAACAUUUGUUUUCUGAGCUUUUUCUCUAAAGCUUCUUAUGUUUCUGUAAGAUAAUGUUGAGGUCUGCAUACUAUUUCUGAUGACCAUAUAAUAAAGCUUUGCUUGCAGCUCCUCUAUAAUGCUUGGUAUAUUUGUGUUUCUUAAAAUAAAAUGCAGGCACUUAUGCUCUAAAAAUUUCAUAAAUACCUAGACAAUACAAACUGUCAGCUAAUACUGCAUGAUAAUAUUUCAUAUUCUGAAAGCUUUGCAGUAAAUUUAGGUAUGAUAAGAAAGGAAGUGUACUUCUGGCAUCCAUGGAACCUUGGAAGUAUGUUAGGCUGAUAAUGACUGGUCUAAGUGAUGGAUCUUUAAUCCAUUCCAAAAAUGGAAGGAAAUGCUUUUCUAAUGGAUAUAUUUUCUUCUUUUUCAGGAAGCAAAGCAGAUUUGAGUUCUGAAAGUAAACAAAGCCUCCAAGGUGCCUUUUCUACCCCUGUGAGAAACACGCAAGGGACUCCAGGGUCCUCAAAGUCUAAAGAGCAGAUUUCCAGCCUUUUGGCCACAGAGACAGCAAUGGGGCCUCCUGCUGCCACACAUGAUGCAGGAAGACAAAGUGCAUUGAGGCAUAGUGCACAAGGAAGUCCAGUCUUCCCCUUGUCACGAAUCACACAUUGUAGCACAAGCAAAGGGAAUUCAGAGAGGCCAUUUCUGACAAGCAAGAAGAAUAUGUCUCUGGUGGCCUCGGGUCUGAACCAGGGCGAGCUGGUAAGCACUCCUUCAAUGGUAAAAUCAGUAUGAUUCAUAUUAUGGAGCAAGGAUCAGAAGCUGCAAUUCAAAUCCUGAUCUUUCUCAGUUUCCAUCUAAGAAACUACUCAAAACCAUGGAAUUUAUAUCUAGGAUCUGGUGCUGAGAGACCAUGCAGCCUGCUUUGAGAAAUACUAUUGACAAACUCUCAGUCCAUUCUUAUUUUUUAGCAGGUCUGUAAAAAAAUUGGUAGUUAAAGAAGCCAUAAUCAAAAUAUUUCUUAGCCAGCUUUGGCAGUACAGAAAAGUUAUGUAAAACUUUUAGACUCCAAUCUAAAAUUGCUGUAGUAAACAGGGCUUUUGGGUUUUCUUUCCUUGUUUUAGGGAAGGGAAUUGCUACUACUUCUACUAUGAAAGAGUAGCAUAAUACUUUUUAUUAGGUCCAACAGAAGUGGCCUACCUGGGUAAUGAGAGUGGUAAACUUAUGGGAGAGUGUCAUUUCCAAGAACCAACUACUGAAAGAGACAUUAGUGAGACCUUUAUUUUUUAAAGUGCUUAAUCUCACUUUAUUCGAUAAUUUCUGGCCAGUGUCUAAUGUUCCAUUCUUCGGCAGCAUUCUUGAGUACACAGCAUCUCAACUUCAGCUUUCCCAGACAGUAUGGAUUAUCUAGAUCAAUCUUCCUCAGCCUCGGCCCUCCAGAUGUUUUGAGACUACAGUUCCCAUAAUCACUGACCACUGGUCCUCCUAGCUAGGGAUCAUGGGAGUUGUAGUCCCAAAACACCUGGAGGGCAGAGGUUGAGGAAGCCUGACCUAGAUGCAAAUCAUUCUGACAUUAGGGUUCCAUCUUGUCCCCUAUGCUAUUUAACAUUGACAUGAAACUGCUGGAGAUGUUUUGGAAGUGAUGUCACCAAUAUAUGGACGGCACUGAAUAGUCUCUCCCUUUCCACUUUGCCCCUCCCCCAUUCUACCACAUUCCAGGGGGGCUGUUGUAGUUACAUACCAGGAAUGGGUAAACUGUCUCUCCCCAGGUAUUGUUGAACUCCACCCAACAGCCCCAUCCAACAUGGUCAAGCGUCAGGGUUGAUGGAAGCUGUUGUCUAACCAUACCUGAGGGGUCACAGGUUCCCCAAUGCUGUUCUAAACUAUGGCCUGUAGUCAGUAAUAGGAACGCCUCUCCUGGUAUGCCCCGCAGAGGACCUUAAGGUCCAUUAAUAACCAUAGUUUAGAGGUCCCAGGCCCUAAGGAAGUCAGACUAUCCUCCGCCAGGGCCUUUUCAGUGAUGGCUCCAACCUGGUGGAAUGCUCUGUCCCAUGAGACUAGGGCCCUUCAGGAUUUAACCUCCUUCCGUCGGGCCUGUAAGAGAGAGCUAUUCCAACUGGCCUUUAAUUUGAAUUCAGCCUGAUCUUUUAUUUCCCUUCUCUUCCCUCCCCCUCCCCUUUUAUGAAGAUUACCCGCUCUGAGACCCCACAGCUAAUUCUCCCCUGGCCUCCUCGCUGGCCCAAGUAGGACUAAUUCAGCCAGCUAGCCCUGGUGACUAUCUAAUGCUUAUUAGAUGGAUUUCCUCCAAAUUGAUUUUUUGAACUUUGAAUUUUAUUGUUAUUCAUGUUUUUAUACUGUAUUUUAUGCUGCUUCUACAAAAAAGUGUUUUAAAUUUGUUGUUAGCCGCCCUGAGCCCAGUUUUCUGAACCGGGAAGGGCGGGUAUAAAUAAAAAAUUAUUUAUCAUUUAUUUAUAUGUGAAUAUGGUUGAGAGAGAUACUAAUAGAAGCUUAAUCCAAACAACAGAGAGGCGACCCUGAUCCAUAGGACUUCUGAUCUGGGAAGAGCAGCUCAAUCUCUCUUGAACUGGGUAGCACUCUCUUUGAAAAGUCAGAUUUAUACUGUAGUGUGAGGGUACUUCUGGAUCUGGCCAUGAACCUGGUUACCCAAAUAGCAGUCAUGGCGCAGAGUCUAGGUAAUCUUAGUUUUAAUUAUUGUUUUACUGUGGUUGUUUUAAUGUUGUAAGCUACCUUGGACAUUGUUACGGGAAAAGGAGGGUGUAUGUUCUUAAAAGUUCUUAGAGGCUCUAUUGAGAAGACAGCAAUAUCUAAUGUGUUGAUAAAAUCAAUAAUUUCUAACUCCAAUAUUUGCUUUAUUUCUAGCGACUAGUACAGAUGUUUGCCAGGAAAAAUGAGAGCACUUGGUCUAAUAAGAUUUCUUAUGAAACAACUCAUGUAGUAAUGAAAACAGGUGAGUUGAGAACCCAGAGGAGAACUUUCCCAUCUGCAUUGCCACAUAAAGUAGGUGAAUAGGUAGGUAUGCUGUCAAGACUGCCAGAGUUCAAUUUAAUAAUUGCAUGAAGAGAACCAACAACUGUUAAUUAUGAUUGCUUAUUGAAACUCACAAGCUCAGAGAUGUUUUUUUCUGAUUACCAAAUACUGAGCUUCCCAGAUACAUGUGGCUAGCCACUGUUGAACACAGAAUGCUGUAUUAGAUGCCCCCUAGUCUGAGCUAGCACAGCAAUUUUGAGGAAGUGUUGAAUGGGGCUUUGAGAGUUCUGAGUCAAAAUCCAAGCUUGACCUUUUCUGCUAUAGUUUUGUUUCUUGUUCCUUGUAGAUAGAGAGGACUGCAUACUCUUUGCUUUGGUAAUUCAGCUUUUAAGGUGGUGGUUAUUAUUAUUAAAUGCAAGUUUCUAUCCCACGUGGCUUGCAGAGAUAAACUGCAAAAGCUGACAAGUUAUAGGAAACUCAUGGACAGGAAAAUAAGCUGAGCAGCUUUCUAGUAGUAUAGUUUCUUGUCUUAUCCUGUGGCUAACAAAAUACAUUAUGUCUCAAAAACAAACGCGCAUGCUGUUUUAUUUCUUCAUUUUUUCAGAUUGCCAAGGCUAGCUUUCCUUGGCACAUGAUUUGGUUUUGUAUCACCACUGAGAAGGUGAUAGUAAUGGAUCAACCAGGUAAUUCCUGGAAAACAAAAAGAGAGAGAGACUAAUGUCCCUCCUCUGCUUUCCAAAAAGCAGUUUAGAUCUUGAAAGGUGCUAUAGCCUGCUUGAUGCAUCCUGUGAAUCUGCACAACAUCCUGGCAGGUACCUGGCAGAACUUUCUAAGGGUUUCUUGCCUGUCAGACUACUUGGGCAUGAUCCAAAGAAUUGGGCCCCUGAUUACACCUGCCAUCUUCCCUCCCUCUGGCACCCCUUCCCCUGUCACCUAGCAAUCUUUUGAAGGUACUACUGAGCACGAGGAUCUGCUGUUAAAGGAAAAAUCAUUUUCAAAAAUCCCAUUGGACCUGCCCCCAUGCCCUUGGGGAUGCCUAAAUAAUUUUAUUUGUAUGCCGCUUUUCCUCAAAAGAGAUCCUGCUCAAAACAGCUUACAAGGAAGAAAACAGGUAUGCAUUUCAAACAAACACUACAAAAAUAGUUUCAUGAUAACGUAGCAAAACAAUAGCAAAUAUGAUAACAUGCCAAACAACCCACCACAUUUCAGUACUAUAAAUAGAACAAGAUUACUUAAACAACAAGCAGCAUCCAAUAGCAAAAUUAACAAGGGAGCUUCACGGUUUCACCUUAGUCCUAGAAACACUGCUCCCACGGUGUUGCUCACAGUCCCUCUCUUGCAGAAGCUUCUUACAAGGUUUCCAAAGGCAGGGCCGGGCCUAAGCUCUCUCUGCUUAAUCUUCUUUUUUUUAAGAAUAAUUUUUUAUUAACCGACCAAUCACAUCAAAUCAAACCAAAUUACAUAAAUUCCAAAUUACACAGCCGAAUUUUAAAUUUUUGUUGGGGGUACCCAUAUUUCAAGUUCCGAAGGGAUCCAAUCAACUUCUUGCUUCUUACUGCUGUUUUAAUGUCCACAAAUCUAACCUUAUGAUGUUCACAGUACUAUCCAGUCCUUUCUUAUUAUUUUUCCACAUCUCUUGUUGUUAUUUUCAUAUAUUUUUCCUUUCUCUGCUUAAUCUUCAGAUGAGGAUCUGGUUUGCGAGCGGACCCUGAAAUACUUCCUAGGUAUUGCUGGACGGAAGUGGGUGGUGAGCUACCAUUGUAAGUGUGAACAUUCAUUGAAAUAUCUCUAUUCUCUCCCCUCGCUCUCUUGCAAAGUUCAACGGCUAUCAGUACACUCAGGACAGGGUGUUCCUCAGCCUGGGUACCACCACAGGGAAUUUAAUGUUUAGGAUGCAAAAUCAAAACUAGAUGAAACAUUUGGCGAUGUCCCACAUUUUUGAGGGAUUUUUAAAGUUCAAAGCCAACAUUGGGAGGCCAAAUGGGGGAGCAGCGGCAAUCUUUCUCCACACCACAGGAACUGUUUUCCUAAUCUAAAUUUCUGCCCCCCACCCCAGCCUGCUGUUUGCAUGAUGUGGCUGAGGGAGGGUGGAAACAUACAAGUGCCAUAAAGCUUCUGGUAUCUUUGCCCCUGUGGCCCUCCGGAAAUUGUUGGGUUGCCAACUCCUGUCAUCCCUGACCAUUGGCCGCAUCUAUGGAGUCCAACAACCUCUGGAGGGGACUGCAUGUUUUGAAUUUGCCCACCUUUUAUCUAGCUUGGCCCCAAAACAUAAGCCACCUUUUCAGUGUUUUUAGUCUGUCUCUUUAUGCAAAGUAAAGUGUAGGCUCUGUAUUUCCCACCCCACUUGAAUCAUCCAAGUGUGGAGUUUGGCACUAGGCAAAGAAUUCACCAUCCUGUGAUUUUUCCGCUUUUAGCAUAUGUGGUCAGUAAAUAUGGACAGUGGUGAAAUCAAGGAGAAAUAAGCAAAAGAUGCUGUAUUUGUGAAGUUAGAGAUUCAGUGCACUUCUCCAAAAGAAUGAACUAUGGGAAACAAGCAAAGAGAUGUAAAUUUGAUUUAGUUUUGCCUAAUUCAUACAGGUCAUUGAAUUCUCACCCCCCCUGGCACUUUGAAUUUCUUUAAAGCAUCAACCCACCUAGAGUUGCUCUUGGCAGGGCCAGCCCUUGUUCCCUGGAAAUAAGCCAUAAACUGUUUCAGUUAGUUCAGCAUUUGUAUUCGUGAAGGAAAUGGAUUUGAAAUCUCAAAGGAGUGGGGAGGAUAAAGUUUCCAGCAGUGUACAGUAAUACUGCCAGCAGGCAGUAUUAUUUAAACAUGGGCUUGCUCUUUUGCACCACAUUGAUGCAGUAUUUUUUAUUUUUUUUUUUUUAUUUUUUUGUAUCUUGAGGUAAGAACUAAAGAUUGUGUGGCAGGUGCUAAAAAGAGCUAUUUACUGUAUCAUUAUAAUUAAUAGUAAGCUUCUGCCUGAUCUGUCCUAGGGGUUGUACAGUCACUGAAGGAAAGAAGAGUUCUUAAUGAGGUAUGUCUGGUGUCUGCUGUUUUGCUGUUUUUAUAUGUGAGCAUUUUGCAGAGUACUUAGAAUGGGGGAGCAGGAGGAAGGGCCGCUACCGAAGGUGGCCUUUUGCUUUCUGUUCACCAUAUUUUUCGCUUUAUAAGACACACCUAUGUUUUGGAGGAGGAAAACAAGAAAAAAAUAUUCUGAAUCCCAGAAGCCAGAACAGCAAGAGGGAUCUGGCUUCUGGGAUAGCUGCGCAAAGCCUCUUCAGGGCAGCGGGAUGAAGGCUCCCCCUGCCCUCAAGAGGCUUCGUGCGGCUAAGCCAGAAGCCAGGACAGCAAGAAGGAAGCCUCAAUGCAAAGCCUCCUGAGCGAAACGGCAGGAGCGCUCCCGCUGCGCUCAAGAAGCCAGCAAUAGCUGCGCAGCCUGCAUUCACUCCAUAAGACGCACAUACAUUUCCCCAUACUUUUUAGGAGGGGAAAAGUGCAUCUUAUAGAGUGAAAAAUACGGUAUUUAAAUGCUAAUACUUAUAAAUAAUUUAUUGGAUGCUUUAGCUGAGAUUCCUGCAUUGCAGGGGGUUGGACUAGACGUCCCUUGGGUCCCUUCCAACUACGAUUCUAUGGUUCUGUGUUGGAAAAGGCAUUUCCAACAUUAUACCUCCAGCAUCUGUGUGAAUUACACAAUGCCUUCCCACAACUUAUACAGGGGUUUUGUUCCAGGGAUUGUGCCUGAAGCCAAAAUCGUGUAUAGUCAAAACCCAUUGGGUUGAAUGGCAAGUAGGGUUCCAAAUUCAUUUUUCCCCAGACCCCUGCCUCCUUUCCACCUGUUUUUAUAUUUUUGCCGUGCGCGUAAAGCUGAAUGCGUACAAGUUACAUGGGCUUACUGUACUUGAAACACCAGUUUUUGGUGAAUCAUUCUCUAAUUUGAAUCUAAGGAAGCAUUCUGUCUAGAUUCUAAAGCAAUUUACAACUGUUUAGACCUGUGGUUCCCAACAUGGGGCGCACGCUCCACAGGAAGGCAAUUUGAUUUUUAAGGGGGCCAAUUCGAGAAUGAGUUAUUAACAGUUAAUGACCUUUUAGGCUUCCUCCAUGUGAAUAGGAGUUCACUUUUGAAUAAUAAGAUUUAUAUGUCACGGGGUGGGCAUCAGGAUUUUAGAGAUGCUUAGGUGAGGCAUGGCCAAAAAAAGGUUGGGAACUGUAUAGUUUAGACAGUAUAGCAUGUUCUGAAUUUGUUCCAUUCCUUUCUAAGCUCUUGAACUUCUACUUUUCAAGAUUCCAGUGAACAUUGUAAACAGUUCAGAGUUUCGCUUUCUGUGAAGAUCCACUUAUUCAUUCCAGUUGUGUCUCCUUUUUAAAUUAACAUUUAUCUGAUUUUAAGUGUGCAAUGAGAGCUGUUGUCUCUAUAGCCCCCACCCCCACCCCCAAAAAACCCUCUCCUUCUGCCUCGAUUUUCACAGAGAGGGUUCCACCUUCUAUAGUGCAAGCAUUCCUUUCCUGCUUCAGAACUGGCCAAACCAACCAGAGUUUCAUUGUCAUUUCAUGUGUGUCGUUUUCCAGGAGGACUUUGAAGUUAGAGGAGACAUGAUCAAUGGGAGAAACCAUCAGGGACCCAAAAGAGCAAGGGAAUCUCCCGUUGGAAAGGUGUGCAUCCAUUAACCAUUAUCACUUAUACAAGGGAAUAUAUAUCAGGCCUGUACAAUUCACAGGAAUGUCUUGAGACUGUGCCCCUCUCCAGCACCUCCUAAGGUGGCACCCACUCUUCGGAAUAUCCUCCCUCUGCAGAUUAGGAUAGUGCCAACAAUUUGUUCUUUCAAUUUGUACCUCUUUCAAUACUUUUCAAAAUUCAACAAGGCUUUUCAGGACAGCGUUGUUGGAUCUUGUUCAUGCUAGAUUUACACGUGGAUUUAACAUAUUGUUUUAACUUGAUGUUUUGUUUUUAUUAAUUUUUGUACACUGCAACAAUAUUUUUGAAUGGUGGGUGGUUUAUAAUUAUGUAAAUAAGGGGGAGAAAUAUGAAGACUCUAUGGCCGUAAGGUAAGUGCAAACAGGUAGAUUAUACCCUCCUGAGUAACCCUUACAGAAAUGCUUAACGGUGCUUGCCUAUGAGUGUGUGAUUGACACUUUGUAAUUCCUGAAAAUGAAAUACCAUUGAUAAGCAUGUAUGAUGGCUCUUAUCUUUUUAAAAAAAUAGUUAUAUUCAGAACCCUCUGACUACUUCUGACUAUUAAAAACUAAUAAGGAAGAGGCUGGCAGAAUAUAAAAAGUCAUGUUGCCCUGUUGCUAUAGAGAGAAAGUUAAUUUCUAGUUCUUCAAGGAGCGAAGAAGGGUUAUAAUUAGGAGCUGAUGCAAAUUGUGUUUACGAUCCUGCUGCAAAGCUUUGAUUCUGCUUGGCUGAAUUGUUUAUUUUGCCUCCCACCCCCGGCCUGAAGAUGUAGUGGCCUGCCAGUUCGGCCUGUAUUUUUUGUUGUUGUUCUGCAUUGCCUUGUCACCGUAAAGACUGAUUGGGAUGGAAAGAAAAAUGCUGCACUUUUAGAUGGAGACAGAGUUUAGUUAAGUGCUCAUCUUUUAUCUAAAUGCCUGGUGUUGUUUUUAACUCUACUCGGAUCAUAUUAGCUGUACAUACUCAGGUCUGAGCAGACCCCUAUAGCAUAGUUCAUACCCAUAUUGAGCUCCUUAGUUUGGGAUUUCAUUGCACACCCCUUCUGACACCUCUGCUUUCCUUUCCAGCUUUUCCAAGGCUUAGAAAUAUGCUGCUAUGGGCCAUUCACUGACAUGCUCCCAGGUGAGGAGAUUGCGAUAAGGGAGAGGGGUUGAUAAGAGCUUGAAAACAACCCAGGCAAUAGAAGCCACUGAGAAUCCUUACUGGGGAUGGAGAAUAAUUGUGUUUGGUUUACAUUUAAGCAAAUGGGCCUAAUCUGCACCUCUCAGACUAAAAUACAGAUUGGAAAAUUAAUUAUCUUUCAGGUGUCACACAUUUCUGACUGUUGUGAUAGUUCUUGUCUCAACGAAAGUACCAAAAGGCCUUUUUAAAAGUAUCUCAGGAUAAAAUAAUUUUAGAAAUAUAUGCAGUGAGAUGAAUUCCACAUUUAGAUAUUUAUUUUGUGAUAAAAUACAUAUUUUAGUGCAUACAAAUUCUGGUAUGGAUUUAAAAAAAAUAAAUCUGAAGAUUAAUCUAGAAAUGGAAUGGAACAAACAUGAGUAAACACCUGUAAAAUUGAUAUGGCUCAGAAAUAGAUUGAUCUGUUAAUCCCUCUUCUUGAGUUCCUUUUCGUUGUUCAAAGACAAGGAAUCUUGUGAAGUGAAGCAGGAUUACUAUUAUCUUUGAUCAUGCUCAGUCACCGAUGAAAUUGUCCAAUAUUGUUGAAAGAGGGACCGGACCACAGCACUCUGAGAUUUCCUUGCCUGAUCAGUCAUUGUUUUGGACCGCUGGGCAAAUGUAUGCUCUGCUCAUAUUCUGCCCUAGGAAAACAUGAUUUUGUGUCCCGAAUAAGUUUUGCAAAUUAAUCUGCAUCUCUUUUCUUAUUUUGUAUAACUUAUUCUGCUUCUGGUUUUAUCAGGAGGGGGGUGGGGGGCAGACUGGAUCUGACCAGUUGCCAGAUCUUGAUGUCCCCCCCCAGCCCCAGCAGGUGAUUUUGACAGGUGGCCACCUGCCAUCAUCAUGACAUCAUGAAAGUAUCUUCAUUUGGAGACCAACAUGAAUUCAAGCAAAGCUGCUUGUGUGGUUUGAAAUCAAACGGGGGGUGGGGGUGGCGCAAAGGUAGCAUUUCCUUAUGAGACUUGCUGCAAGCAGCAUCACUGUAAGCCCUGCUUUAAGCAGGAAUUAGCUGCAUUACCUGACUGGGAACUCUGUAAUGCAGCUGAUCUGAAAGGAGCUUGCCGUCACCACCGGUCAGCUAAUGAGUGCUUGCAACAAACCUUGCUAGAGAGGGCACUUUAAGGUUCCUGAUUCUUCCUUUGCGGCGAAUUGGGGCAAAACUGCCUCACAAGCCAGAUUAAGACAGCUGCUGGGCCUGAUUUGGCCUGCGGAGGUUCCCCACCACUGUCAUAAGGAAUGGCAAGAUAAGGUGUCACAGCCCACACCUUUCCAGAUUCAUUUAGGCAGUGAUGUCUUUGGAAAACAACUCCUGAAUCUCCCAAAGUUUGAUAAAAAUAAAAUGUCCGUAUAUCUCCUAACAGAUGUGAGGAGCUAUUUGGGGCUUGGAGUGUGUGUAUGUCUGAUGUUGGUUGGGGUAACCUGUUCUACCAUUGUAUAUUGAUGUUGUGUCUCUCUUUCCCUCUGGGUGGAAAUUGCUUAGAACAAUUGGAGUGGAUGGUAGAGCUGUCCGGUGCCUCUAUUGUGAAAGAACCUCGCUUAUUCUCACAUUCAACAGUAAGUGUGGAUUUAAUACAGAGAAAUGGGCCAAUCUGAGUGUGUGUGAGAAACAAGACAGACAGAGGAAGAGCAUUUCCAUUUGCCCCCUUUAAUUCCUUGGAAGCACUGAUGAAUUUGGCUUGCCUUGUUUUUUAUUCAACUUUAUCGACCCAUGGCCUGUGUUGAGCAAGGGUGUAUGUAUGGGGUUCUAAUUGCAUACAGAGUCAGACCAGCAUCUAGCUCAGUACUGUGCAGAGUAUGUGAGAGAGAGAGUUGGGCAGCCACACCCACCGCCAGCUGUGGUCAUGCCAUACUUUGGCCACACCUGUGCAGCCCCUAAAAGCCUGGUCAUAAGGAAAUAUAACCCCUGACCUGAGAAAAGCUCCCCACCUUUGCUCCAAACAUCAGUCAGAUGGCAGUUUGUUUCCUAGCGCUGCCGCCGCCAGAAAUGUUUUAAUCUGAAACGUUGUGUAUAUCAGGCAUGUGUAGUUCAGUGGCAGAACAUGACCUGCUGAUGUUUGCUUUUCAUGAGUCACACACACCUGACACUAUAUAGGACCGGGACAUCUCACUUGCUGUCCGAGCAAAGAGCUAUGGACAAUUUGAUGCUGAGAGGACAUGCAUUCACGGACAUGUGUUGGGAGAGUGCAGUUUUCAGUGUGCCCUUAGAUCACCCCUGUGCAACCCUUAGCUUCAAGCCUGGUUUUUCUGGCACUGUCUUAGGCUCCUAACAUAUUUGCUUAAUUUUUGUGUAGUUGGGAAGGUAGGAGGAAGGUUUCUCCUCAAUUCCCUGUCAAGUUGCAAUGCUGCAGCAAAGUGAAGAACAACCUGUCCCAACAGUAUCUCUGGCUGCAGACAGGCAGGCAAAUUUGAUCCAGUAUAUGCCGCCUCCUCCUCCUCAUUCUUCUCUUUUAUCUUGCAACUCCUAGAACUCUACUGCUGUGGUGGUCAUUCAGCCCGAAGCUUGGAGCGAAGACACUGCCUGCCAAGGUGAGAUUAUCAUGGUGUCCAUGCCUCCCAAGAUAAACAUAGGUUACAAAGUGUCCGAUUGUGUACUAGUUUGGAAUAAUAAAUACCAGCCAUGACAGAAUAACUGUCUAGAGGAAGCAGAAUUAGCUGUGCAAGGCUCUGGAUCAGGAGUUCACAUUUGUUAGCUUGACAUUACUAGCCGGUAAUAAGUAAUGCCAACCCCCAUAGCCCUGUAGCACACACAGAGGGGUUUGGGGAAGAGGUGCUGGCUUCUCUCAUUUGCACUAGUAUAUGGGGAAGGUAGGGACGCAGGUGGCACUGUGGGUUAAACCACAGAGCCUAGGGCUUGUCGGUCAGAAGGUCGGCGGUUCGAAUCCCCGCGACGGGGUGAGCUCCCGUUCCUCGGUCCCUGCUCCUACUAACCUAGCAGUUCGAAAGCAUGUCAAAGUGCAAGUAGAUAAAUAGGUACCACUCUGGUGGGAAGGUAAACGGCGUUCCAUGUGCUGCUCUGGUUGGCCAGAAGUGGCUUAGUCAUGCUGGCCACAUGACCCGGAAGCUGUACGCCGGCUCCCUCGGCCAAUAAAGCGAGAUGAGCGCCGCAACCCCAGAGUCGGCCACGACUGGACCUAUGGUCAGGGGUCCCUUUACCUUUACCAUGGGGAAGGUAAGAAACUGAAGCAGUGCUCCCUCUUGCCACUGCUCAGAAGAGAUGCCUGUGUUUUACUUUCUCCAGACUGGGAUCUCAAGUAACAGCUCCAGGCAGGGAAAGGGUCUGUGUACUGCAGGCAUCCUGUUCCCCAGAGAGCUAGAGUCAUUUGGUGCCAGUAGGCUGGCAAGCCUAUUUGUGGAUACUUCCUGGUGCAACUGUAAAGUCUCACAUUGAUGUUAUGUAGUGGUGAGAGCUGGUUGUGGCCCCUAGCCUCCUAGUCUCCCAUUUGUUUUCUGCUUGUACUUCCUAAAAUGGCUUUGGAGGGAGACACAGCAAGGUUACACGAAGGAGAAGAAAACUUUUACUCCUUCACUGGCUCACGUAUACCUGCCUCUCUUUCCCCAACGUGAAAGGCAAGGGAUGUGGAUUAGUGACUUAGAUUAGGUCAUGGGCUUGGCCCAUCCUUACCCACACAUGCACACUAUCACUCAAAGUUGCUUGAUAGCUAAACAAAUAGCUAACAAGUAAUGUCAAGGGAUGUUGCAGCAACAGUUCAAACCCGCUCACACAAUCUGCCCCUUGUCAUUUGCAGUUUUUGUGCGUCUGGCAUUUUGAAAGGUCAUCCAUCAAAGAUGCUCUGAAAGAAAGUGCAUUCCUGAGCCCUCUGGGUAGAGAGAAGGGGAACAAGAGAGUGUGGACAUUAAAAUUCUCACAAUUGAUCUUGUAUUGCAGGGAUCCCACCGCAAUGCAGUGCUACUGUAGUCUCACGAGAGUGGAUGCUGGACAGUAUUGCAUGCUAUCAACGCCAGGCAUUUGACGAAUACAUCGUGCAACAGGUGUGAAAGGAUGGCCUUUUGAAAACAGAAUCUUCAGGAAAGGAUUUCUGUGGAACUUUUGUGAAAGGCUUCCUCACAGACAGUGUGGUUUCACUUGCGAGAUAAAUAUUUCAGUUGGCAUGAAAACACCCCGUCGCCCGCCAAAGGCAGAACUUAAAACUGUGAUACUUCUAUCUUUGCCGUUGUGAGCCAAGCAAUAAUGUGUUCUUCUGUGCUGUUGCAGAUGCAUUAUUUACUAUCCAAUUGCUGCCUUGUUUGGGAGACUUUUCUCUUCAUGUCUUGGAGAUGUAAUCGUUUGAAAGAGUUAUAUGGAUCUGAGAGCUUCAAUUAACUCAGGAGGAUGGCAGUAUUUUAUCUGCUUGUUUAAUGGGGUAGGGUGUUCACAUACAAAGAUGCACUUAUCCUGGAAUACUGGCAUAACAACAUCUUCUAAUAAGAAGCACAGUCAGACUGGAGAUGGCACACACACAAAAACCACUUCAGUGGGCCUCCGGAAUCAUAAGGAAGUAUGUCCCAAGUCAAAUAUUUGUUUUGCUCAAAGUAAAUAAAUCUAGCAUCUCUCUAGCAAGUUAAAUGCAAACAGGUUUUGAUCAUUAUAUUCCUGGAUCCACAGAAGACCCAGCCAUUAUUUUUGGGUUAGGAUAUUUGAUCAGCCUACUUCUUCCAUGUACCAUGGGACAAAGCACCCCUUUUUUAAAAACUUUGCUGGCUUAGUUCCCACAAGUAUGGAAAAGUGCCUUUGAAACAACAGAAUAUUUACCACUUCUUAUUGUCAAGCAAACAGAUCCAUAAAUAAAAUUUGCUUGUUUACAGUUAAAAGAGGGGUAGAACCCAUCAUGUUAUUUUCUUUUUCAAUCCCCCCCCAAGUUAGCUUUGAAAGAGUUUUACAUUGCAUAAUGCAUUUGGAGCAAUCCUUCGAUGUUCUGCAAUUCUAAAAGCAAAUAAGUCAGGUGCAGGUUUUGCUCACUCACACACUUCUGUGAGAGUCAGUUCCGACACAGAGCUGUAAUUUUCCCUUUUGGAAUUUGUAUUUCAUUGAUACCUACAAAUAUGGCUUAGUAGAAGAACAAAAAAAUAUUCUAAAACUGUAAAACAGCACAUUGUACAGAGUGCCAUAAACCUAUGACAAAGCAGACUGCAGCAAGAAAUAAAAAUGGUUCCGGUGGAAGAAA